AUGGAAGGUCCGUUAUGUAAGUGGACUAAUGUCGUCCAAGGAUGGCAGUACCGGUGGUUUGUUCUCGAUCUUGCAAUUGGAGUUUUGUCAUACUACACGGUAUGUUUGCUAAAAUUGACGAUACGUUCUAUUGUUUCUUCUAUGCCCUAACACUCCCUGAUGGUCCUUUCCCGAGAUCAACACGGCCCUGUCACAAGGAGGGGAAAAACUGGAUUGGAUGGGACAAUAGCUCAUUAAGGGGGAUCGUCUGUGUUUUAUUUUUGACGCAACCGAUAGGACAAUUUUUGGAGCUCAGGCUUUCUUUGCGUAGAUCAUGCUGUACAAUCGAUCGUACACCCUAGUAGCAAACUCUAUUGAGAUGAUAUCGAGUAGGCGUCCAUUUUUUGAGAUAUUUAGUUUACCAUCCCGUUAAUUAUUUUUGGAGAACGGGGAAGGUGGAGGGCUGGACCACCUCUUUCAAUACCGGCCGUUGGCUUCGCCGUUUGCAGUAUUAAUUAGUUUUACAAAAAAAUUAAGGAAAAACGACCCCUCUGACCGAGCCAUAUGCCCACGAUCUUAGGACGGAGUUAUGUGUCAACACGGUCACCUAUUGUAAGAAAAUGGUUUGCAUGCCUACUUUCGUUCACUGCAGUAAAGCCGAAACAUUUCGGAGGUCUCCGGCAGCCUUGGGAGUAGUUCUUAGUCACUUCCUUGUUUCUUUUCGUUUAAUUGCCUAUUUAGACUUGUCUAACUUCGCUGGAAGGUCGUUAGAGUUAUGCGCGGGCACAAACAGCAUAAUAACGUUCACAUUUAAGCGGUUAUUAUUUUUGUUUCCAUAACGUCGCCGCUGGGAUGGAGAAACUACCAAUGCCUGUUUUCCCUGUUAAUACCGGCGUAUGUAGGUGAGCAAAUUAGUUUCCCUAAUUGUAUGCUUUGGAAAAGUCGCACUAGCUAAGUGGUUAUGAGGCACCAGGUCUUGCUUGUACUUUAUUCGGUGGCUAUCAUGCCUCCUCUGCCCGUCUUCAAGGAUUUCGUGGAUGACGCCCCUCCGCACAUGGAAAUCGGCACUGCUUUCUUAUAAGCUCGUGCCACUCUUAUUUAUCGGCCAAUACGAAAUAUAAAGGAUCCGACGAACAUUUUCGUAUGAUCGCAACUACGUUUAACUCAUGCUUAGCCUGAAUUUGCCUCAUUAGCCCAUAGUUGCGAGCGAUGUUGGAUUUUAUUCGGCAGCACUGAAUUCAUGAAGAGGGCGGCGAAGAACGUGCCCAAGCCAUAUAAGUCAUCUUCCUCGAGCAGCUCACAAUGUCCUAGAGGUGAUAUUGCCAGACGUCCUGUCAGUCUUAGUACAUACGAAGCUUACAAACCUAAUCCAAAGGGUCGAUAUCACACAACUGGUCAGAAACUUCCAGUUUUCGCUCGUCCGCAACGCGUACAACCCGACAUCCACAACCAUAUUAACUGAAUUCAUUGACGCCUAGCAUAGGCAAAUCUUUCUGGUGAUAUCGCGAGUGCAUCAAGGCGACUAGCAGGUAUAAUGGGCUCAUGUGUCAGUGUGAUCCAAACUCUGUCCACUCAGCCAAAUCUUCGUCAUGAGACGGUCGAGACUGCCAGUAGCUUUAGGCUGGCAAUUAUCAACUACAAAGAACUUCUUCUUCUAAUCAGGUUUGCAGCUGGACAGUGGCCUAGCAUUCGAAGCGUCGGUGGAUAAAUCGACUGAUUUAGUGACCCUCACCAGGGACGCUGCACACUGUAUGUCAUUCCCAUUUAGCUCCGGGAGGGCGAUAUCAUACGCCUAGUUGCAGUUAGUGUGAUGCUUUCAUGCGUAUUGGGCGCUGCUAAAACUGGGUUCAGCCUUUCCUAGCACCGCGUUAGGGAAGUAGCUGUCUAGGGUGCUCUGUAGAUUGAAGCCACGUCGAACGAUUAUGACCAAGCGCCCUGGCAAUGACAGGGAAGUAACCCUUUAUAGCCUCAAUUAUUUUCCUAACACAUCAUGUAGCUUCGCCAUCUGCCUCACAGUCUCAUUGAGUAGACUUGAACGUUGUACCGAAGUCAACGAAACAAAUCGUCGGUUACUAGUAGCCUGGAAAAAAUUCGAACAUCCUGCCUAGUUGGGAUGUUUGAUAAGUAUAUUCGCGUCCAUUUGGCAACCUGGGUUAGUUGAUCCUCCCCAUGUACCACGCUCAUGUUCACACCAUCAGGGAAGGAAAAUAACAAGGGUCUUUGCAACUUCUGGCGGGGCUUCUCCCGUCGCAGUUCCCACACUUCGUGCUAAACGUGCGUUUUUCAUUUUUCACCAGAACUUCUGUUAUCUCUAGUAUCACCUGCCCAUGUUACCUUAGCCUGCAUGUUUUGUUUAAAGCGACUUCUCAUAUUUGUUGUUUUGGCUUUCAAUACAGUGGGCCAAAAAGGGAGACAGGGUCCCUCUGCUAACCUGGUGUAGGCUUUCCGUCACGUGUACUGAUGACGGAUAAUAGAGCGGCCGUAAUCUAAGGCUUACUACCAAAUAAACAUGAUCUCCGGUCCGACGAAUGACAGUGGCGGGCAAUACAGCAGUACAUCCUUCAGGUUUGACGUUUCGUCGAUCUGUCCAAGUGCUUACACAUCCCAAGGUCGCAAACCAACGACGUAUUAGGAAAUGCCAAAUAUUGUCGACUACGCCUUAAGGCCUCCCCUGCCCCGUCGCCUUACACAUUAUCACUCAGCGUGGACCUGCUGCCCCACCUGUGCUAUGUCCCCGCGAAUUCCUGCACAUAUUCAUGACCUGGGUUCUGGACGUCGACUAGUCCAGAAUUCGUGUCAUGCUUCAUUAUGUGAUCAGACGUGUUAUUCGCUGUGCGUCCAACAACUAUAUGCGCAUCUUCUUAUCAUUUAAUGCAAAAAUUGUGAUGGUAAUUUGCGGACGCCGGGAAGCCAUCUGCAAGGUACUCACUUAAUGCUCCGGUGAAAUUGAUGUCGAACAAUGAGCUGAUCGUCAUGAAACUCGCCGUACAUUUUUUCGAGCAAUUUUGAUCUGGGACAUUGCCGAAGAAGUGCCGGACGAAAAAGAUAACUUGUGUAAUCUGGAAGGCAGAAUUUAGUCACUUGUUUUCGUCAGCCUUGCAAAGCACUGUGCUCAUUCAAUGAUAGCUGUUCUAUUGGAUGACAAUUUAAUCAUUCACGAUUUCAGACGUUCAAAAAUUUGUCGAUUUGACCUUAAACAUUUGUCAUUAUCGGUAAUUUCACCAUUUAAAACUGUUGUUGAUACAAACCUUAAGAACUAAUGACUUUAUGUAGCCGGAAAUUUAAGAAACAGAACAUGCGUUGGGAAUCUAAUCAGCAAAUGUUUUACAGUCGCACAAGCUUCAUAGUUUCCGUAGUCUGCCUAAAAAGAGUUUUAGGUGCCAAAUUUUAUUCUCUUACUAAUCCUGAAUACUAUGAUUUAACAGAAGGCGGGUCACACGGCCGGCCACACUGACAAAUCUAACAGUCCCAAUUGGUAGGUCUUCCACGCCUACCUGUCGGUCCCCUGACGUAAUAGACCUUGUUCACCCAAGACAGCUGUUCAGAGUUUAUGUUAUUGUUACGGGAUACGUGGGUGGUGGUCUGAACUGCAGAGCUUCAAUUUCCGGCUGUUGCUAGCUAGUGAUUUCUUUUUUUAACCGUGUUAAGCAUCGCUUCACAUGGUCGCUGUUUAUUUCAUCACCUGGUCGGCCACCUUAUACUCGUAACUGGGGUUUUGCCCCGAAGUAGACUUGCUUCCAAAAGUGCUAGUGGAUAAAGCAUUUGUACGUUUUCACUAAUUCCUCACCAAGCCAAUGCAAUUAUUUGGGGACUUUGCGUCUGGGUCAGUACAUAAACAAAUUCGAAACAAUUCUGUGCGCACAAGGCUUUUAUUGUUACCAGUGGGCUCUGUUGAAAUGACUUCUUGUGCUGCUUCGAAUCUCCCAAGACCACUUGGAGAACCGCCAUUAAGUCCACACGCUGGUCUGUGUCUAGUUAGAUUCGCGAUAAUAGGGCUGCUUACAACCCCCAUGUUCAUGGCACAUGUUUUCACCAUAUUGCGCAUGUAUCUGCUCGCUCGACCAAUGUAGCUUACUGCACUGGUGUAGGCGAAGAAGUCAAUGCACGUUUUCGCGGCUCGGAGUGGUAGCUUGUCUUUGUUUUGAAUGCAUGUAUUUGGGCCAUUUGAGAAUAAUGCCAUAUUUUGGCGGUGAAGGAAGUCCGGCAACGCCCUAGUCGAGGUGCCUGACUAAUGGCUUACUCAAAACAGUGUCGUUGAAUUACAGCCUGAUGCAGAGUUGUCUCUUCGUAAUUUGCAUCGUUUUUACAAACCGCUCAACCAUAUUCUUAAGAGUGUAUCGGCUUGAGUCAGAGCCAAUCCCAACUCUUCUCCAGUCCGCAAUUUCGGAUUAUGCUUGCCCCUAAUCCUCCCACUUCCCUUUUUCGUGCGUCCUUACCUGGCCACAGUUCUGACAACCUCACUCCCUCUUGUUUACUUAUCGGCCGAGAUGCAACUUUACUAUAAUCUCAUGUAGCCCGGCAGUAAAUUCACGAAGACUUGCGCAUACGUUUAUUUGCCCUUGCACAGCGUUAACGGUUUCUGCGUAACAAGAGGUUUCUGGCCAAGAUUUGCAUGCUCCAUGUGUCUUAGGUGCAUAUUGUAUGCUCGUCCAGUUGUGUUCCGAAGUCAGCUUAGGCGAGGCCGGUCAGUAAUUGACAGAAUCCUAGCACUUACACCACUCGCACUAUAGAAAUACCAUGCGUUAAUGAACUCCCCCUUUAGGCGACUACUGCGAUUAGAUUUUUGGCCAGGAUUUCAUUCCGACAAUGCGGUGGUUCGCUUCUUCAUACGUGGAAGUUUGGAUCAUCACUGCCUCGCCAAGUUAUACCACAGUAACCAUGUCGACUUCGUUACGGAACUUCAGUUUUUAUUAACUUAAAACAGUUGUGCAAGUGGAAUAACGUGCGCCUGCCUGGAGAUUAGAAGUUCGGCUUUUAUUUUCAUCCAUGCGUUAAACCGAUAUUUGCAACCGUUUACACUUUUGGCUCUCCUAGUCUCCUUAUGGAGUCGUUCAACGAAAACAUUUCCCUACCCACCUUGUUCUUUUAUUGCAACCUCAACUUAUUUCUGAGCCGGCUACUUUCUUAUGCCAGAGUUAUAAAUAAUGCUUCGAAUUUCGCCGAUUCCCUUUCGUUGUCACUUACGUCCGACGCAAACUUACAGUGACUUUCAUUCUUACUCAUUUAUUGUUGAAGUGAACUUAAAAUGCUAUUACGGAUUACGAAAUAACUCGAAACUCUUCGCAUCUCUUUCCCUAGAAGAGUUUCGAUAUUGUGCCAAGUGCCUGCUUUACUGUCACGUAUGCGGGAUUUUAUGAAACACGCCUUACGCUUUCGUAUCUUAUCUAACUAUCCUCGUCACAUUUUCAGUCCAAAGACAAAAUGGUUCGGGGCGACAGAAGAGGUUGUGUUAAAUUGAAAAACGCGCAGGUUGGAAUCAACGAUGAGGAUGACAGCACUUUCACCAUCACAGUGGAUUCAAAGGUCUUUCAUUUUCAAGGUAAAGUAAUUCCCAUCAUAGCAUAUAAAUUUUUAUCCUUCGCAACAUCCCCGCUACGCUUUUAGCAUACAUCGACUGUUAUUUUUCGGUCUCGGUCAUAGUCAGCGAAGCACGGUGUCUGGGCUUCCGACUAGUUCCUGUGUGGUAGGUGUGCUAAAGCCACCUAUAUCUAUGUUGAUGUACUUCUGCAUCCAAUCUGACCGUAAUUUUUGCGUCGUACCGACGCCGGAAACCAUUACGGUUCAUAGAGUGUCUUAUUCAAGCUCUAUUGAGUCCGCGCUGGUCCUCACCUAUUGCCGUACGCGCAUGUGAUACCUGCCAGACGGAGGUUUACGUGGAUUCGACCGCCGCAUCCAGUCUUCUCGUCUGACCAACAGAAUCGAAAUGACCACUGCCACAUGGAAGAGGGAAGAGGGAGUCAGGCCAAUACUGAGCCGUUCCUUCUCACGACAAUUUAAUCCAUUUAUUGUGAUAAUAGGUUUAACACUGCUUCAAGGGCUAUUAACUAUAAACAUAGAUUAGCCAUCUUUGAAACGUAGGCCAGACUGCGUUGUUUCUUUCGUGUGACCUUUGUGACACGUCUCUCGCAUGUGGGGUCCGAACGCGUGUGUGGCAUCGAUUCUACACCAGGCCAGAUACUGCACGCAAUCUCAUCUCCUGACCCCUUGAAUCGGACUGGCAGGAUACUAGGACAUUUCAGAGAUAGCAAGAUCGAUUCAGCGCCGAAUAUUUUAACUAGGACCAGUCAACCGCACUUUUAACUGAAUCCUUAGCUCUUGAAUGAGGAUCUAUUGACGGGAUAAUUCGGACUUUUUCCAACUUGACGGACUGGCCUCAAUGGACCCCACCGAACUAUGGCUUUAUCUUAGCUCUCAUUAAUGAGAGAUCCGCAUGUCCCCUUCCGAGUUGUCGUUGAGAAAAAGUUCAUUAGCGGUAGUUGUGAAUACUUUCGACUGGAAGUGCAUCCUCCGUGGUUGAGAAGGUAGCCGUCCGUCAUGUAGGCAAUGCGGAUCCCAGGACGUUCGUCACCGUAGGCCUCCAUCAGCAUGGCAGAAAGCAUGAGACUGGAAAGGAUAGGCGCGAGGACGCAACCCUGCUUUACUCCGUUGGUCAACUCGAAUGCCUCUGAGACAACUCCAUUGUCAGUGACGCGCGCUUUCAUGCCACUUUGGAGCUGACGCACCAUCUGAGUGAAUCGUUCGGGACAGCCGAAAUUCUGCAUGAUUUUCCACAAUCCUUCGCGAUUCACCGUGUCGAAGGCCUUCGUCGGAUCCAGGUAGAGUAGAGGUGGAUUCGCAUCUAAUGACCCAUUUCCCGCAGUUGACGGGCGGCGAAGAUCAUAUUCGUGGUCCCACGAUGACCACGGAAGUCGCACUGGCUUUCCGGCAGGAGACCUUGCUCCUGAUGGUACUUUAGACGGUUAAGAAGAAUGCGAGCGAAGAUCUUCCUGGCGAUGUACAACAAAGAGGUGCCUCGGUGGUUGUCUCGGAUUUGGUGGUUCCCUUUCCGCUUGUACAGAUUAACGAUUUUUGCACCCUUGAAAUUCUGGGCGAAUUCUCCUUGACGCCACAUCUCAUAGAAGGGCGCCGUCAGAUGAUCCAUGAGUGGGGGGUCUCUGCGCUUGUAGAUCUCAGCAGGGAUCGCGUCUGAUCCGGACGCUUUCCCGCUGGAGAUCUGCUGCGCGGCUCUAAUGGUUUCGUGUAGAGAGGGCAGGAGGUCGAGGUCGGCGUUGGCCUCCACUUGAGGCAGACGGGCGAUGGCGGCGUCGAAGGUGGUAGAGGGACGGUUGAGAAGGCCUCUGAAGUGCUCGACCUACGCUGUAGGAUUUGUGUCUUCUCGGUGAUAGGGUACUUUCUUCAGCGCUGAGAAGAGGAGCUAUUCCUUUGGUUGGCAGACCGGAGACUUUCUUGAUUGCGGAGAAGAAAUUCUUCCAUUCGUUGCGGUCCGCGUACCCUUGUAUCUCCUCGGUCUUGCGGGCCACCCAGGCGUCCUGCAUCUCCCACAGUAGCUGUUGCACAAGGCGGCAAUUACGGUAGAAGGCUGCUUUAUUGUCGUCGGUGGGGCGGUUGACGUAGGCUUUGUGCAGGCGGUUCUCGGCGAACAGGUUGCCGAUGGCGGCGGCGUCGUUGUCGUCGAGCCAGUCCUGAUGUUGGCGACGUGCACGACCGAGAACAGCCUGGGCCGUCGACUGGACUGUGUCCCGGAGUUGGCAUCAUCGGUUCCCAACGGAGGCGCUUUCCUCGAUGGCGUCGGCGACGGCGGCGACUGGUCGGUUGGUCAGCCGCGGAGCUAGCUCAUUGCUGAAGUGAAGAUGGUGAACAGCCAACGACAAAGCAAUAUUCAGUUUACCUGGUGGUCGCUUACCUUGGGGUGUUUUGCGAGGCUGUAGACGAAUCCGCAUUUCGGAGAUGACGAGACGAUGGUCAGUCCACCCAUCAGCACCGGGAAUCGCUUUUGUCACCAACACGUCCUGCUGGUCUCGCCUCCGGUCGAGGGCAAAGUCCAGCAGGUGCCAAUGUCGUGACCGAGGGUGUAUCCAAAUGGCCUUCUCUCCUAUCGAGAGGCGGAGGAAGGUGUUGAUCAGGACGAGCGGGUGUUCGACGCAGGUUCUUGGGUGGAGUAGGUCAUUGUCGUUAGAGUCGUGGAAACAAUGGGGACCCAGCACUCUUCUCCAGGCAGCAUGGUCUGUACCGACGCCAGCGUUGAAGUCACCAAGGACAGUCGACUUAUCCGCAUUCGGCACAGUUGCCAGGAGGGCGUGCAGGUCGUCUUAGAAUUUGUUCCUCGUCUGGUUGGUCUCUGGGGGGAGCGUAGACACCGACGAUGUUAACGAAUUUGCCUCCCCGAAGAGGCAGGCGAAGGCUCAUCAGAAGAUCGUUGAUACCCUGCGGCAGACAGGGCAGUCGUCCCACGAUGUCGUACCGGAUGGCAAGGGAGACGUCCGCGUCCCGCCUUUUGGCCUUGGGGCGACCGCACCAGAAGAAAGUGUAGCCGGCACCCACCUGCUCUAGUUGGCCUUGUUCGGGCAAUCGAGUCUCGCUGAGUGCAGUUACGUCCACCUUGUAGCGCCUCCUUUCCGGUCGGUUGCCCCUCGGAUUGUCUGAAAGAGAACAAACAUUCCAAGCUGCCAGAGUGUGCGAACUCACCCUACCAGUCUGGCGAGCCGUUCGGCCGGGAGGAGGAGGGGAAGAGAGUGUAUUGUUUCAAUUUUGGCUAUUUCGACUGUGAGUUCUGCGUCGACUGUGAGUUCUGUGAGUUCUGCCACGGUCAGCCUGCAGACGGCCUGUGUUCCCAGCAUUUGUUUAGGACACCUUUUCUAUCUCCUUCCCCCUCGCGGGGGUGAGCAAUGCUCUCCGUAAAUAGGGCUGCUUAGUUGUCCCAGACAACUGCCGAGCUCCAUUAUGGGCCACGACCUUUGUUUAGUGGGAGAACGACCUGAAUUAGCCUGGGACUGCCCACGACAUCGCCUUAAGCUUUCGGGGGGCGAGGGGGGAAGGAUAGAGAGACGGGAAGCAGAGCUUUUUCGUCCCUCUCUAAGCCAACUGGCUGCUGAAAUAUAUAAACUUUGAGCGCACGAAUUCAUCAGAACGGCAUUCAGCUUACAAUAAGGAGAAACGAAAACAAGCAGACAAAGGCAAGCUGGCAAGAACAGCAGAAAGCAAGGACAACAGAGGAUAUUCAGCAGAACCGCAUUUAGCUGUUAACAAGGACAAACACAAAUAGCAAUCCAUCAGAGCAAUGUUUGUUUACUUGGGUGGCACUUACCUUGUGGCCUCCUGCACUGUUGCGCGUGGGGUCUCGGCGAUAGCGAGGCGGUGAUCCAUCUGACCACCGGAGCCGAUUUACCGUGUGUGGAGAUGCACACACGGAUACCCUUACCUGGUUUAGCCCGCCGGUCGAGGCAGUUACGGGGGUGUGGCGUCUGGACAGAGCCUAGCUUCGGGGAGCCACAUGUGAGAGUUGGGUGCCAGUUAAUGGACGCUAGUCGCAGUCUACACCUGCAAGCAAGUGAGCAACCUACAACGACCGUCACGUGGACCCACAACUGGACACCCCCACACCCGUCCGUGGUAAGCAGCGACGUCCACGCGUGCUCCGCGUGAAUUAGUUGGUAAUUAGGUACUCUUACGCAGCAUCUACCGCACCCUCUCCUCCCUUAUCCACUAGACUCCAGUGACAAGACAAUACCAAGACAGCUGAAGGUGGGCUCGAGCGUAGGAGUUGACAAAGCUUAACAACCCUGCACGACCUGAUCUCCACUUCAUGCACUAGGCUGCAAUAAAGAACACCCUAACCUCCUAAGUGACCUAUGCGUGUUCUUACAGGCGACGUUUUCACGCCGUAUGGACGCUGGAACAGUGGGUCGCAUGUUGUCUACAGGGGUGAUGCCUAGUGUGCCUGUAUGCGCGUGUUGCGGAUUGGGUCUCAUAUGUAACUUAGGGAGUUGUUUGGGCAGGUAGAGCGAGGUGGUGAUGGGGUCCGAACUGCGAUUUUUUUGCCUAAGAAUUUAGUGGGGACACAUGUGGCUGAACGUUCCGGAGCAGGUUAGGCAGGUGAGACGGGUGUAUGUCGGGACUCCUGGCACUGGUUCCCGCGUCUCUGGAUGAUGGAUUCGCAGGUGACUGACCAGGUCGGUGCAUGACUCGAAGGUGUUGUUGCAGCGGGGACAGAUUGGGACUGAGCCUGCAUCCCCGGUGGGUCUACUAUUGUUGUUAUGUCUGGCAGGGCAGUAGGAGUGUCCUCUGGUGGUGGCGGUGGGGGCGGCAAUAGUUGUGAUGCUUUACGAGAUGAGAGGCGCGUUUGUUGUGUUGACACUUCACUGGGUCCUAAGAUGUCCGAUGAGGUCGAUUCCUGUCCGGAAUGUCCGUUGACAGUACGGGCAUGAUGUCCUCACUGUAUUUCUGGUAGAGGUUCCUGCUCUAGAUGUGUGUCCAGCAUAUUGAGUGUUACUCGUCCAAAUAUUUUGCCUUCGAUGUUGGGGAGGUAAAUGCCUGCAUGUUUAUCACAGUGUGCACAACACCGGCCACUUUGCUGUCUUGUGGGUGUGUCCAUGUGACCCCAUCUCCUGGGGCAGUGAAGCAGGCUCUUCCAUGAGUUUCGGGACGCCGUACUCGUAAAUUUUGGCUGUGAUCGCCUUGGACUCCCGUGCUUUUCAUCUGGACAUCUGUUGUACAGUUCUUGUUGCUUAUCGAAAGGAGAAGGCGUAUGUUCUACGUCAUCGUUGAUGUUAACCUGAGGAAUCGUAGGCGAUUGAUCAUCCUGGAAGUGCGCACCCAGCCUCCUCGGAUCUUCGACAGUAGCGUUGCUUCAUCAUAGCUUAGCAAUGGAGCGGUCCGUAGGCUUUCUGGGGCGAAGUAACUUUUUUACACUAACGUGUCGGUGUGCCGUUUAAGUUUUUUAACCUAUCGAGUUGGUCAGCGCUUAAAUAAUGCGGCUUUAUUGGUGUCAGUCCUGUUGUUGGCAGACGUCGUUUGUGGACUGUUUUUCUCGAAGGGCUGACUGCGAGGUCCGAGUUAUCCCGUCAGUUGAUUGUCUCCCAAGCAACGGCUUUUAGGGCACCGUGGUAGAUUUACGCGCCUCAGCUUGUUUAUGGUGAGAAAUGUGCGCUGAGAACGUAGACUCAACUCUUUCUCCACACUCCCAGGUACCAGUCCACCGUCCGAGCCGGUCAGAUGUCUGAUGCGGGGAGUGGGCGCAGUGGCUGACAUGGCUGGGGAGCCCGUCUACGUGCGCCGCGUACACGGCUUGGCCUCCUAAACGUACACAACGAGAUUACACACCAAAUGAGUUAGACGACUCGGAUCUCACGUGGGCAAGGAUGCAGUAUGCGAUGCCACUCAGGGAACAAAAACCGGGUCAUCGUGUAGUACGGGUUUUAUUGGCGAGGCUAAACGACAGAAGGGAGGGCGCAAUAGUAGGCAAACAUCCGAAAUAAAUGCUUCGUCCUCGCGCCAAAUUUCUCUGCAGCCACUUGCAAAAGAGCACACGUACCAAGAACCGGAUCUCCAAAGGAAUGAUGAGGGGGUUUCAAGGUAUCUGACUGUGCAAGGCAAAAGUCGAGCAUUUCUCGCAGUUCUUCCACUUUGUUUCCAAAAAAAGUAGAUUAUCUUCCAUCAAGUGAGGAGAUAGUGGAAGCGUCAAUUAUUAAAAAGGCGAGGACGCAACAUGCCACGAUGACCUGGUUUUUGUUCCUUAAGUGGGGUCGCCUACCGCUGCCCGACCCUCACAUGUACAAAAGUACAGUCUGGCUCUCAGUCCAUCUGUCGACCACUCAACUCACAUACACACACUGAGUUGACUGCAUGGCCUGAAUCGAGUCGUGGGCUGGCAACCAUCAAAGCCACGGCUUUUAGCGCAUUGUGUAGUUUCAAGCACGUCAGAUUGUUUGUAGUGAGUAAUUAUGCGCUGAGAGUCGACCUCGCUCUGCCCGCUCCCGUGCUUUAGUAGACUGUCCGAACCGGUCAUCCAAGUGCUGUCCAGAUUGUGGGAACUGGCUGACAGAACUGAUAACGGCUCGUCUGUGCGUGCCACAGGCACGACCUGGCACCUCUUGAAGGCUAUUAUUCUGACGCUUGGGCUACUUUGAUAUCCCUCUUUGUAUGUCGUCUUUCUUUUUCUGGCAAUCUUUUGGAGCUUUUUUUAUUUUGUUGCAUUUAAUUUUAACGACCUUCCAUUUGUGCCUUCCCCCGUUAUCCAGCACAAAAUGCAGAGGAACGUCAAAAGUGGUUGGACGCUCUUCAAGAGGCUCGCGAUUUGCAUACGGAAAACUACGCUCUUCUACAGCAAGUGGGUAACGUUUGUAGGUUCUUAUUAGGCGUUUUUGUGUUCUUCAGUCGUGAUGUAGGUCAAGAAAUCCUCGCUAGUCAUUAUCGCCGCCGGGUAAGAUCAUGAUACAAAGGCAGGAUAACUGAAGCCGCCACCUGGCCUCCUCCACACUUAGCACGGAGUGCUUAACAGUUCGGUUCCCGAGAAUCGACUCGAGGAUGAUUGGCAAUUACUACUGCCCCUGCUGAUACUACUACUGAUGCGGCGCGGCAAUUCGGCCGUCGCGAACGACUAUGUCCACCUUGUUCCCCACGUCAUGGAGGACUCCGAGACGGUGACUUGCCCGUGAAUUAAUAUGCAAUGAUAGUAGGCUUGCGCAGCACCUACCACACUCCCCACCACACCCACCUAAGCUCGGUGUCAUGAUUGAGCCGGGAAGACCGAUUACGUGAUUGAGCCCAAUGACCGACAAAACUAAACAAACCGUCUACGCGUUGCACGCACGAUGGGCUAGGUUUUCGGAGAAACAUCAAGGGGGAAGGUGACUGGAAACCCAACGGGGUGGGAGCCCCAUAGAGACCUUAUUAAAAAAAGAGCCGUUCCGGCCUGGCUACCCGUUCUGAUAGGACCCAGUUAUUCCGUCAUUUGGCAGCCCUGCAAGCUACGACUUUUUCGCAUCGCGAUUGUUUAAAAGCGUGUCAGAUUGUCUCUAGUGAGAAAUAUGCGCUGAAUGCCGCGGGGACGGAGUCCUUAGAUUUGACCUCCCUCUCCUAGACACCUGAGUCGUUCAGUCGUCUGAUGCGCGAAUUGCUUGUAGUUGGCAGACGCGGUGUGAGCCCGCUCCUAGGCGUGCCACUACACCCCCAUGUAUGACAGCUGUUAUGGGUGCGUAUCCUAGUUAGCGCACACUGCGUCCUAGUCUGACUCUCAUGUUGGUCCAGAGCAUCUUCUGCUCGGUUCGUCUAAGGACACAGCGACGACCGCCACUACCCCUAUCACCACCACUUCUGUUACCAGUACUGUUGCUGCUAUUGCUGUCAUUAGUGCUACCACUACCGCCAUCAACACCAAUACUACUACUACUACUAAUAAUAAUAAUAUCACUACCAAUAAUAAUAACUUUAUUAAGUGCUUAAAGUAAGCUGUUUGCAUAAAAAUAAAAUUUCCACGAAAUUUCAAGUGAAGACUAUAUGUACGUUAAGUUGAUAGUGGCUUCGGCAAUAGCAAUGACUGAUCUCGCAUCGAAAAUACAAUUACUUCAGGUUACCACCUAUUCGCUAAAUCGUUUCAGAUAAGUCAGACGGGAUCAGGCGUCGUCGUAAAUAAAGAGUUCAAUGAGGUUAAAAGUGCAAAGGAGACACAGAUGUUUUGGUUAACCCGGCUGGCAGAGAGCAUUAACGCUCGCCAAAGCAACUCUGAGAAUGCAACUUACGUGCGCUAAGGGGCAACCAGCCGCUAACUUACCACCCCCUGCCCGUUCUCUAUGAGCAGAAGGGUAAGAAACAGCGGCAACACUUCUCUCCCGAGAGACGGAGGGCAGAAAUAGGAGAAAAGGAUGAAACGUUGCUAGUAUAGGCGGCUUUGCUCUCGUUAACCCAAACCGACACCAUCACGCGAAUUUGCCAUUACGGGUCAGAGUGGCUCCAUGAUAUAUGCUUGAAGUUCUAGGCCUCCGAGAACCUAGUUUCCUUCCACCCCUUAUUCGACUGAUGCCCACAGCGGCCAAUACUCUCUGAAAAAUCUCAUGUCGAAAGUGUUGGAGAUGGUGGUAUUGUGACGAUGGCCAGGAAGCACUGGGUCGUUCCCCGGACUUCCCACUGGAUAACAGUCUAAUUCAGGCCGUCUGUGAUCCACCCCUCAGUUCAUUUUAUGGUUCACGUUUUGCUUGCUUGGGUGUCCUUUGCCUACCUGAGUCGGUGCGCGGCGUCUAAUGGUUCACACGCAACCCCCCUGACUUUACCCAGUCGUCCUGCUGCAGCACUUUGGGAGAAUAAAGGGAAGAGGGAGAAGAAUUUCUCCCUGCCUUGUCAGACUAUAACAAACCUGACGCGCAUUUACGAUGCGGUAGAAGUUUCGGAAGUUGUUAUCUAGCAGGAAGAUUCGAUCAUCCGGACCGAGGAUCCGGUUGCAAGGGUUCCUACCGUAGCCUCGCGGAAACUCGCCGAUCUGACGUUAGGGUGUGUCACAGGCAACUGAGUGCCAUCGUCUGGUCAGCCACUGCGGCAUGCUUACCCCCAGACGUCCUGUUUCGCCUUGUUAUCCGAACACAGUGUGUCCGACAGAGGAUAUGAAAGUGGAAAUCACAGCAAUCUCUCUCAGAAAAAUCCAAAUGACGCCUGAGAUGCACAAACGGUACUUACCGAGUACGGUGAGCAAAUUACCUAUCUAUGGCGUCUUACAGUGAAUUCUCAGUUUGCCCAAAACAUAUCGAUUUUCCAGUUUAGCCCAGUAUAGAUAUGUUCUAUAGAGAAAGCGUGUGUCCUAAUUGCUCUACAUCUGCGACUGCGUCUUGCAAUCCUAGCGGCCUUCAUGCAUCCCCAGUUGUCUACCUAUUUUGCGUCUGUCUAAAGCUGCUUCGACUGCCUAAUAUCAGUUAUGUCUGUUUAGACAAGCCGGCUCCUGGAUCAAACGACAACCGUCUCGGAAUUCGAUCGACAAAUAAUUGAGGCCGAUGCUUACCUUCAAAUUCUCAUUGACCAACACCAGGUAAAACUCAUUUUUUUAUCCCCAGGCGCUAAGCUGUCAUCUGUUUUUCCCCUCUAAGUAGGGGGAAGUAAGGAAUAUCAAACAUCUUGUCUACAGCUUUACGCCGUCAAGCGCCAGUUUGGGAUAUACUAUGCUAUCGAAUGUACCAUCCGCCCGUGUACACCGAAAUACCAAGCUUUUCCGUUUUGCUGCUGAUACUGUCAUUUUUGAGAUGAAUGCGCACCGUACAUGAGCUUUCGGUUUGACAACCCAUAAACCAGCACGAUAGGAGCAACAAUGACAUUUGUAGCGUUGAAAUUUUAAGCGUGCUUCCGGAUACCUAUCACAUCCCAGCUGUUUCGUCCUCACCUAGUGAAUUGUCGGUUUCAUGCGACUUGCGGCGUUGAUUCAUACCUCGGUAACUAUUCGUUGAUAGCCGACCUAAUCAUGUGUUUCAGUCCCAUUCGAAAACAAACACAUAGAUAUUGCCUCUUUUCCAUCUUUUUGCUUCCUGAUCUUUGUGGGGUGGAUAUUUACGAGUUUUUGCACGAAAUUGUGCUUUCCUCCAAUGUUAUUCUUGAAAGCCUGCGAUUCCCAUAUCUUGUUGAAACAUGAUUUGCUCAUUAGUGCUGUCUAACAUGCUACAUAACCUGUUAUUCAUGUUUGCCGAAAACGAUUUUGCUAUCCCAUUUAUGGUAAUACGAAGAGUGUCCUGACUUACUGGGACAUCGGUCAAGUAUAUAACAUGUUUCGUUAAGACGAUAUUGCUUAAUGUGUGGGGGUUUUUCCCUGCGGAAUCAGUAAGUGGCGGGAGGUUGUUUUCAUUAAAGGCGCUGCGCGCCACGUAAUGCGAAUGAAUUGAAGAUUGUGCCCCUUACUGGUCCGUGUUUAUGCCGGACAUAAGUUCUUUCCAUUCGGUAGUGUUUUACGAGUUUUCGCGCACAUUCAAGCCUACUAAUUUGAGCAGUUACAGGACUGAAACAGGUUUCUUUGCUUUUAGUGCUUUUCUGACCAUUCUGCUCCUACGACUUUUGUGAUUAAAUGAGAGUUGCUCUUUCUCACUUAUAUACCCAUCUCUCUGCUUCCAGCAACUGGACGCGCAGUUCAAUAGUCUCGAUUCCCUCCCCACACUCUCUUGUGAGGCGUUAAAAUCGCGUCUUCAGGCAAGUUUUAUCUUUAUUUAUUUAUCUUUAUUUAUUUUUAUGCCCUAUUUCUGUGUAAGGCAAUUAACGUCUAGCGCACUUUCGUCUUAUUAAAACAAAAACCUGGAGGUUUUUUCAGUCCUGCUUCCUCCUCUUUUAACUCAAUUUCUCCUUUAUCACCCCCUCCCUUGUCUGUGUAUUCUUUUUUUCCACUCUUUUAUAAUUUUCGCUCUGUUUUGUUACUCGCCCUCCUUAAUAUCUCCUGUGGCUUUUUUCCAAUUUCUUCUGCCGCCCCUUUCUUCGCAUUCUUCCAUAUCACGCGCGUUCUCUUCUCUUUUUUACAAUUUUUCCGUACUUCAGGCCGUUCACGCCUACUUGAACUGGGUAAACAUCCGACGUCUGAUUCUAAGGUCCUGCCCCACCAACGCUUCCGCAGUCCCAGGCAAAUGCAGAGACAAUGGAAACGCAGUUUGUUGUUACUGAUAACUUAGAACACCGUGCCUCCAACCAGGCUCCACGAUUACUACUUCAAACGUGUGAUUAAUCGGGCGCCAUGUUAACUACUAACCUCGCAGGAGGAGGCGAGUCACCGUAAUUCCCGUGUUUGGUGCGUUGGCCGCAGCUUGCCAAGUCAGUGUUGUGAACUGGGAUCCUGGGCGUAGUAUCUGUGUUACUGCCGCCGUUACGACGGGUCGAUAGGUGUCCCACGAAGCCAAUGCGUGUCCUGGGUGUCUGUUGGCAGUGAAGUCGCAUGCAAAGUAGUUCCUCGAUGGCAGCGUUCCGCGGCAUUCUAGUAUGGCGGUGAUGCGGGCUCACCCUGCCCCUUUGUCUUGGGCGAGCCUCAAUGGCUGCGUUUAUUUUGCCCCUGGCCGCCAUGUGCGCUGAUUCUCAGCGUGGCCUUCCUGAAUGUUCAAUUGAUUUUAACGCCCCUAAAUGGUGUGUACAAGGUGUCCUUGCAUCGUUUCUCCUGUCCUUCUAUCCGGGCACCUGCAGCCGUGUCAUUAUUGAAGACUCACUUUGCCAAGCGCCUACCAGUCAUCCACAUGACCAUCACGUGACCUGCAGCCAUGUCAUUAUUGUAGACUCGCUUUGCCAGGCGCCUACCAAUCAUCCACAUGACGUGGUCCUUCCAUUUAAGUUGGACCUAUCACAGCAUUGCAAACAUUCUGAACGUGCGGGUCGAUUGCAGAGCUUGAGUGUCCUGGGCAUGCUUUGUCGCUUUACCUCCUGAAUCCUUCGAAGCCAGCUGGAAUGGAAGUUAUUGGUUUUCCUCGCUUGUUGGACAGGCCAUCCAGCUUUCUGUGCCCAUUAGAAUCGUGAUCAGUAUGACCUUUUCGGCCGUGCUUCUAUCCAGCAACCUGGCAAAUUCCACCCUCAACUGAUCAAUACUUGAGGGAUUUGUAUUUUUCUAUUGGUUUUUAGCGCCUGUGUAAAAGCAAAAUUUCAUUUCAUGUGACUACUUCGCUGCAAAUUGUUUUUAAAUUCGUUGGUUGGAGGAAAGAGACAUUCCUCCCUUCUAAGUGUUCGUAUCAGGGCAUUUUGGGAUGCAUUUAAAGCACUUAUACCUGACUAUGGCACAAGAAACUUACUCGACUAGAAAACGUGUAUGCCGGGAUGCAGCCAAACUGGCGAUUUCUGCUUUCUCAUCUGAUACACUGCUAGAUGAUGCGUCUGCCAACUGCGCAGGCAAUCGAUAUUCCCUUAUCUAAUUCUAUAACGGUCAUCCUACUUUUCAGUUCAGUUUUUCAAAUUCUAUUCGUGUGUUUCUUCCACAUAUCCACCUCCGUUGCGUCGUUCACAGUAAAAACUUGGCUGAGCGCAUGGGUCCAAGAAAGAUAAGGGAAUAGCCAGUGCUAGCACGACUGUUUAGCGUGUCUUCCGUAGAACAAUCGGUGGAGCCCUCAGUGCGGAACCUGCGGAUUAGUGGUUCGAUCCUGUCUGGAAAUGUUUUUUUUUAUGACUAUGUGAAUCCCCCACUUCCUAAAUCUGAUGCUUGAAAUAUUCCACUGGUUAAAAUCAGGAACUCGAUCGCCGAGUUUUCCACAGUUGAGUUUUCGAUUAAGUUGUUCAAAUCUGUCAAAGCACAUGUAAAAUAGUAAUUUCUUUAAAAAUGAUUGUAUGUUGUGCAUUCUUUCUGCCUUAUCUGAUUGGACUUAUAUGAGCAUCGGAAGUCAGUACGCAAAUACUCACUACUUUAGUACCCUUUUUCGCGAAUGUGAUUAACCCGGCCUACUAGAACUAUUCUCACUGAAAGCCACUAUGACAUUGCAUGCUUUUAAGCAGCUUCCCUUAUCUCGCCUCUCAUAGUUAGAUGCAUGUUCAACCAUUUUGAUAGAUUAUUCGUUGUUCUUGAGCGAUUGAUGGACUGAACGCAGUAAAUGGCGCCAGAAGGAUCGUCUGGACUUAACUGGAUGCCUGUAUCAAGAUGGUCUAUGCCACGCUAUGGUUUCAGCGUCUCUGGGCGGUAUUUCUAAGGUCCAGUAGUAUAUACCAUUUUGCGGGUUGCGUCUGCUUGCCCCGGACAACUCAUAAAUUCCUGGCAAUUGAGGCUUGUGUUCUGCUGCCUCUUCUGAGUUGAACAUCUGCUGGUAUUGGUCCUCGACUUCUCUAGUCUGUGUUCAGACUCCCGAAAACGGUUUUUACACAGCUCUGUUUGCCGACUAACGGAUAGUUACCGUGUAAGUGAAGGGUCUUGGUCAUGUUCGUGCGUUUUUUUACAUACUUCAGUUAAAAUCAGUUCCUUGCUGUGGAACUCAUUAAAAACACAGGCAUCUGUCCGACUCAGGCAACACUGCACGUUUAGUGUAACUCGCCUGCGUGUUUGAUCUGCCCAGGUUUCCAAUCCUGGAAAAUUACCUUUAAAAGAAAUUAUACUCAUUGUGCUAUUUGUCUUUUUCCGAUUUACUGGACCAUGUAUGCUUCCUUUACUAUGCCACUGGAGUUUUGCCUUAUCCGCCGAAAAAGUUCAGCAGACGUGGCAGCUUCACCGGCCAUAGAGACUUUCCAUUAUUUUAUCUGACCUGCUGUCUUCCUCGUGAACUUGACGGUUUUUUACGACAAUGACAAUUGCAUUAAUGAUUGUAACGGUGACAAGUAUUUCCCUUGCUUAACUUCUAAACUUGACCUUCAAUUUUGUGUUCGUUGUCUUAGUAUCUUUUUCGUCUGCCCCCUUAGCGCCUCAUUGAACUGGUGAAGAAGACUAUUGUCUGUCUGCAGUUUGCAAAGGUACGUCUCUUUUAUAGGCCAUCCUGUCAUCUGACUGUUUUUCUUUCGAUUUUCUUCUGUGUCGGGGAAUGCGAUUUUUCAUGUCGUUUCCUAUUUGCAACCCGGGUAGUUGCAUCAGGCAUGUCGACUUACCGUCUUCCGGGCAGCCUGCCUGCCGGUCACUGUAGCUGUGACACCACGGGGCUCACCGUCUGUAUUUAUAAAAUGGAAUGUUGUCGACUUGUUUGCUCUGCUCGUCCAAAACACGACAGGGCGGUCAAUAUGCCGGAGAAAAUUCGCGUGCAAAGAAAAGAAGGCUGCUAUUGCGGCCUUUCGGGCUUUUUGGUCUGAAAAAGUGCGAGCAGUUUAAAAGUAGAAACUGACCAAUCCAAUCUGCCUUGUCUCUCUGCCGGUAGCUGCAUUGACUUUGAUAGCAGCUAACAAUCGUGUGACUGGCCUACACGGUUAAACCUGUCCGCACGUAGCUUGGUAGGCCGGUAGUGGUGACGUCGGACGGGUAGACCAUCUGCCUCUAGUGUUGAUUUACGUUACAUGAGACAAUCACACCAUUGUCUUUGCUGCCCCAAACGAUACAUCGAAAAGAAGGAAUCAAGGCAGUGAAAGAAGCAGUCGAGGCAUGGAAAUCCGACCACACCUGAAUCGACGAGCUCCCCUGUGCCAGCUACCAAACUCCACGCCGCCCGACCCAAGGAAGCAAAUACACACCGUGUUUGACGACCGUCACCGGGGUCGAGGCAGCUACUACGGGGGACACUGUGGGUCUCGGUUACCAGUUUCUGAUUUGAAACUGGUUCACUUUACAGAUCUGAGGAUUCGGACGAAUAUAUGCCCGUGAAGCUCGGACCACCGAACCCUUUUUCCCAUUCUUGACCCCUCUACGCUCUCAACAGACGUUCAUGUGCAUUGGAAGAAACUAAAUUGGGUUUACCUAAAAACUCCUGGCGGUAUGCUUACGUUUUUUCGGUGUUUUCCAGUCGUCACAGCCUACUGACCAUAUCAUGAAGAACUAUUCGACUUAUAUCGCGUUCUGCUGUAUCCUUGCUCGUUUUAUGAAGAUUUUCAUUUUUUCUGUCACUUUCGUUGUUUAAGUCAUGCAUAAUUUUGUUUUCAGUGGGCAAUAGAGUAAUAUAGAGGUGUUACCCACAAUUCAAUCGCGACUAGAAUGACCAUUUCUGAGAGGCCUUCAGACAAGCUGUUAGGUCAAAUUUUACCGUUAAGCUACGGACUUGCCACUCAUCGGCUCUGAUCGGGAGUAUUAAGUCACAGCGAUUUCAGACUCAAUUACCAAAUCCUUUCGGCUCGAACUUGUGUGAUACCUGGCUGACGACGGUAAAUACACUGGAAGUGUUGACCCCAUUUUUGCUUGCCUUUGUCAUUAACACUUCGCAUUAAUUGAUCGCUCAUUUCUACUCGACAGUAACGGUCACAUGUAAUAAUUUUAGUGUCCCGAAAUUGUAGCCUUUUUCUGUGCACAGAAUUUCACCAUAGCGUCAGGGUUCAUGCCCUUGCGUGCAAAUUCAAAGCAGAACUUUUGUCUUUUUUCGAAGUAGAUCGAAGACCUAUAAUCUGUUCUGGCCAGUAGUUCGCUGCGUAAUUCAUCUCCGGGUGUGAAAAGGCACUUUAUGGAAAGUAGCUUCUCUGUUGAGCGUGACCAGCCUUGUGUAAAUCAAUUCAUUCAGAUUUGCUCAUCUUAUUCUUGGUUCUACUGGGUUAUCUGGUUACAGAAGUCCCACUCGCUAACUCCAUGCCCGAAUCCGAAUUUUUGAAAUUGGUUUUUCCCCUUUUUCGCCACUUUCUCUACAUCAAGGUGAAAAAUCACCUUGACCUUAACGCGUGAAAGGUCGUGCGAAUACGCCCCUCUUUCCCAGACAUGGUUACGGAGGCAGUAAUUCAAAACGAGAGUAACUGUCAUGAUUUACGAAAGUUAUUAAUUUGACACGGCAUACUGGAAAUCGCUUCGGUUUCAGCGAGGACUUCGUUGCCGUUAAAUCAAUAUAAAACGGAUGAGCAUCAUUUCAGAAUCCUUAAAUGAACCACCAGAUCGCUGCGACAAAGACUCAAGGGAUUGUCUCAACUUCAGGACGAUAAUACGUACAGGGGGGGGGGGAGGGAACAGGAAACAAGCCACGCCUUUUAAUGCGGACAUAAUUAUUUACUUAGAUGGAAAAAAGUUUUAAGUAAGUAAUUAUUGCUGAAAAGGAAAAUCCAGACACUCAUAAAUUGCCAGUCUAGGGUAAGAUGCGUUAAUUAUUAACCUAUCCACAUAUACUAUGCACUGGCCUUUAAAUUUUUCCUAAAAGAGACUGAAUAUGAAGGAAUUAGGAAAGUUACGGUUGAGAAGAACAAAACGCAGCAGAGAUGGAGUGUCACUGAGAAGCACAUUAAGAUACUCCAUUAGGAGUUGGUUUAUAGUCUAAAAAUAGUCUUUUGGUAGGGUACGGGAAUAUAUACACCCCCUCCCCGUCUUACAGGCGGCUUUGCGCUAAAUUUCGCGGCGGGGUUCGUCUUAUGGUUAGGGUUAAAGUUAGGACACGGGAAUAGGUACCCCCUGGAAGUUGGCCCAAACCAACCUGUAAUACGCGGGGCACUUAUUCCCAUGCCAACCAAUUUCUCCACAGCCACAUUGUGGGAGACACGCCUUUGCCGAUUGUGAUAAGACAGAAUCCAAGCCCUCCUUAGAAAGGGAGGAGGUAUAAGCAUCAUCUUUGCCGAAUGGCAACCUCCAGCACAUCGCACAACUAAGCAAUCUUUCGGCUACCUCGGAUUGUCAGAAUUAGCUUAUAUAACAUAAGGUCGGCACGCCACAGAUCUGCACGUCCCAGAAGAAAUAAAUAGAGUUCAGAACCGAAAGCUGACUUCGAUCCAAGAAACAACUAUUGCGAAAGGGCCGCGCUGGGAUGCGUUCUCUGGUUAAAACAGUAUUUAAAACAGACAUCUAAAGUAGCCUGUUCGACUUUAUCUAAAUUCCAGGUCAGGUUGCCGCGACAGCAUCGAGAACUAUUCCCCCCAUGACCUCCAGGGCGGAAUGAUUUGGGUCCACAAGUGUUUAUUUUUAAGCCUAAGACUGGGUUUGCGCCAGGCACCAGAGUGGAAGCUGCUGUAAGCUGAACAAAACAGGAGUCGGCAGUAUCAUUUAGACUUGGCCUCUAAUAAAGUGUAGGUUUUUGAACGGCAAUGCCUUAAGCACCUCCACAUGACACGCGACGUUUAUACCAUAACUAGACCUUUGUUCCGAGGUGCGUCUUAGUUUUUCCUAUGUGCCGUGUGCGUACGGUGUUGUUCCUUCAUUCGGUGGAGCAUAGCUGUGAUUGGCUGUCGUACACAAGUAGAAGUCAACCUCAGACAGAUGUUUAAUCUUUCAUUUCUUAACUGCCCAUAGUUUAUUUGUUAGCAUUUUUGAGUAAUAAGGUAUUUUAUAACGAAAGUCUUAGAUGCUCUUAUUGCUACAAUCCUCUGUUCUUUGUGUGUUGUCUUCUUAUUCACAGAAAGAGGGUCUUAUGCAAAUGUCCUAAAAUAUGUAUUGCAACCUUUGUAAUGCGCUAUCAUAAGAGCCUCUCGUAUUGGCAGUAUCUGGAGGUUUCCUCUCUCAUUUAUUCCUCACAGCCUAUAGUCAUGUUGUGUGCCCGUUGAAUCACCCCCUAAUGACUUCUUGUGCUGGAGGUUAGGUGUUAGCAUGCCCUUCUUACAACGCCGUACGAAACUUAGUGCACAUUUGUCUUAUUUGGCGGUCGUUGUCCGAUAGUCAAUGACCUUCCAGGCUUCAUUCUUUAUGAUAGCGGAGUAGGGAGGCGUUUAAGUGCUUCUUGUCAUGGCCAAUUUGGUCUGCCGUCCCCUCUAUGAUCCUUCUGUGUGGACCACAUUUCAUGUUUUCAUUCUAUAGGAGAAUACCGCCAUUUCAAUGGUCAACCUGCUAGACCCGCCCCCACAGAACGACAUGUCGUCAAUGAGCGAUGAAAGUGCUGGUCCGCCCCCAUCUUGUAAGAUUUACUCGUUGUUCCAGCCUUUAUGUGUAUGUGUGCUUGACACCUCGUCAGAUUUUUAUCCUUAGCUGUUUCGUCUGACAGCUGCGAAUUGAGAAUUCCCAGGUGGGAAGGGCUAAAGCACUCAUAAAACAGCCUUUAUCAAAAGAACAGCUUCACACAUUUGCAGCAAAUGGUGUUUCUUCUUCAACGCUAAUCCAAAUUCUCAGAUUGGAAGGGAUUACUUCCGCAGCAUUGUAACACUGAAUAUCGGACAGCUUAAUCCCAAGACAUUUCAGUCACUCUAUGAUGUCGGUUUUUGAGUGCGCGUCCGUCCAGCCUCCUGCAAAAGUCACUCGAUGGAAAAGUGUCUAAUUAAGUAGUAUGAAUACUUCCACUAAUUUUCGACAGCGUUAUAAAUCCAAACAUGCACAAAAUAUCCUUUCGUGCACUUACUUGACAGUAAGUUACGCCUUCUAAAAAUUCCAUACUAAAGGAAGGGGUAUAUUUCAGCUUUAAAAAAGUUUAUAGUUGCUAGUUUUUUAAGACCGCGAGAUGUCAAUUCAACUAGCGUCGCAUCUGUUCAUUUAUUUUGGCUCCUUAUGAAGUGUCCAACAUAGUUCAUGCUGGUUGAAGGACACUGCAGGCCGUAUGUGAUAUUUCCCUGACGACAGGAAUAUAUGGUCUUCUUUACAUAGAAAGUAUAGAGCUUUAUUUUGUAAACGUUUGACGCAAAUACAACAGCGAAUUGGGCUCAAAACCAUUCGGGAAUUCAAAACCGCUUUUUAAGGCCGAUUAUACCACUCCUUCUAGUACAGAAUUUUAACAAGACGUAGCUUUCAGCCAAAUAAGUACAGGAAAGAAUUUUUUGCACAUGCCACGUGCAAACUACAUUUGAAUCCACAAAGCUAUCGUAAAUCAAUGGAAGAAGUGCACACUGCCUAGGUAGACUUUCUUUUCCCGAGUAUGAUUUUUGCGGGCGACUAGAAAGGAGCACACUUAAAAGCCGGCCUUUUGACGUGACUGAAGUAUCUUCGGAUUACGCCGCCCGAUAACCAGUGUUGCAACCCUGCCUAAAUAAUCCCCUCCAGUCGAAGACGCGUUCUAAUUUCGGCUAACGGCCCAUGAGCUACCCCACAUGUUGUAUGUUUGCCAGUCAAAACGUGCAUCCGUGCUAGUAAUUUCCAUGAAAAUAAGUAAUGGAAAAAACUUUUAUUGCAAGUUUUACGGAGGGGUUUAGUACGCCGAAAAUGAAACUAACUAUGUCAAAAUGCAAGUGACACAGCCGAAUAGAGAAUCACGUAGUUAGCAGUUAGCGUUCAUCAAACGGGUGCUUCGUUGAAUAAUGCCAAAUUCUAGCAAUUACCCUUUAAAAAUCGCAGCGUCCCAAACGCAGGGAACCAGUGUAUCUUGUUACUUGCACACACAACCAUGUUGGGCGAUGAGAACUCCUUCAAAAGUUAAUCCAUCAACCAUCGACCAGAAUCUCAGGCUACUGCAUCUACUGUAUGCGCUGUGGUCAGUGAUUGCCCCGACUACCACCCUUUGGCAUCUGCGAAAUUUCUUGACUGAGCAGACGAUUUGGUUGGCGUUAUACAUCAGCCAGUCCAAAGGCGUCAGAACAGCUGACUUUUCAAUAUCAACUUCUUUCGACUGCUUCCUUCCACGGAAUACGUACUCAGUAACCCAUAGUUCAGAACUGGUGACUAUACUGAAACAACUACUUUUAAGCGCUUGGCGAAAGUACAUGUGACUGACCGUGCGUGUUUGCGUACAGGCACCGCUUUCUGUUACUCAAUACUUGUUUGCUUGGUUAGGUGAAUCUCGCGCUUCCGGUGGAACAGACCCGAUAGUGCCGCCACCACCAGAUCCACUUUCCGCCUCUGCUGGUGCCAUCACCAAUGAGCGCACCGCGACCGGUGGUGCUCUUUCAAGUAUCGUUGCCAGCCAACGGGAACAGUCGGUCGUUUCCUCUAAGCCGUCUGGUGUACAUCCUGCUGUCUCUCCAACAGCCAGUCGCACCCUGACAGACAUAAAGUCGGGCGCUCGGGAUGUGGUGGGCAAGUUGAUCUCCGAAGCACUUGCUGUCACCACGCCAAAACCUAUCGUGACAGCUGCGGCGUCGGCGAUCCCCGAGGUCUCCUACUCCUCUUCGGAGGAGGAGAGUGAGGAGUUCUACGACACCCACGAAAACCCUCACACCUUGUCGCCCACAACGUCAUUGCGAGAGGAAGAUUUUACCACGAUUUCUGUUUGCUCCAGCGGUCUGUAAGUUCCCAUGCCCUCUAAAGUGUGUUUCUUUCCUAUUUCCAGGGGAAGUCACAUCGUCCCUUCUGCCGCCACCUCUCGUCACGGUUUCAUCCGCUUUAUUAGGGUGUUGGCUAGAUGUCCUGAAACGCACGCCCACAAACUCUUGUCCAUACCUGACUAAACGCGCUAAACUUCGUUGGCUUGGAAGGUUGCUAACCGACGGUAGAACUCAGACCUCGCAGUCAGUCUCGUGUGUUUGUCUGUGAAACAACUGACUGGUGGACUGGGAGUCAGACUCAAUGCAUCCUUCACAAUGUGUCCUCUAAUGCGCUUCCACGCAUGUGACAUCAUGGCCGCCCACCGCCUUCUUGUUAAAAGCUGGUGUGACCUAGGAGCCAGUUCAUGUGUCACACACGUAGACGGGCUCUGUCAGCCGCAGCGCCCAAUCGCCGCAUCAGACCGGCUUGAACAAUGCACCACCGCCUGGGAGAGGGAUGAAUGCGCUCAAGUCUGGAAACUCCUUCCCCACAGCACUCAGCGUACAUUCCUCAGUAUCACGGUGCACCAAAAGCUGUAGCUUGGUAGACUACCAACUGACGGGAUAACUCGGUCGCUCCCACAGGACGAAAAGUCAGACUGCAAUAACUACCUCUUACUGUGACCUAUAUGGUACUCCCACUCAGCUGGAAUCCGAACCACCCCUUUUUUGCUUUGGCGAAAAUCUAGUCCAUUAUCCUCGGACCACGCGUGUUGAGCAUGCGCGGAUGGACUAUCGAGAUUUGCCAGCCUCUGCCGCCGACCUCGCCUCCGACCUCGUCUUGACUCCAUCUGGACACCAGGCUCUGGCGGAUGAAGGAGGAGAGUGGUAGAUGCAGCGCACGUUUACUAUUACCACAAAGUAUGGCAUGCACAAGUCAUUGUCCCAACUCCCACCCGGCUGUGGGGCACGUAAUGAACAUCAUCGUUUGCGACAGUCGAACUGCCGCUUCGUCAGCCGAUGGGAGAUCUCAGAGGCAUUGCCGACAGGAGGAACGAAAACGAAACUCACUCGCAUAAAUAUGUUCUACUAGCCCUCACUUGGUACAUUUAUCCUACAUACCGGUGUCGUUUUACAGCGGCGAGUUGCUGAGUAGGAAAUCUGUCCGGACCACUCACUUUUGCAUAAUUCCUGGUUACUGUUGUCGAACUUUGACGAACAAAAUAAGAGGGCUGCUUUAUUGGUAUAGUUCUUGUUUCUGGCCUCUCUCCUGAGUGCCCGUUGGAAUAUUUUUUCGCAAAGUCUCGAUCACUCACUGGCUUUACGUCGUCCAACCCCUCUGCCUACGUGGGCAGGUCUUGCUUCAUAGAAUUUCACAAAAGAUGUCAGGAUUCUCCUCCACUGUCUUAACACCCUCCUGCCGUGUCUGACUUGUUGCGUGGGAGUCGGCAGCAUCAUCGAAGCAUCCACAAAGAGCAGGUAGAAAUGCCACAAAGGCAUCUUUAAUGUCCGUUUUAGGACCUAGUAAUGCGACAUAUACUUAGAUUGCCACACUGUCCACUUUAGCAUCUAUACCUGCAGAAAAUCCGACAUUGGAGUAGAGCCUACUUAUUUUAACUGGUGAGUGUGCGAGGUGGAUUUUAAGCACCCCAAUUUGUCUAUCAUUUCGUAGUUAUCGUGAAUUUUCGACGCUAUUCUUUAACCGUCUAGCCCGCUGAAGUCGACUUCUUUAAAUCGUUGUCCAAAAGGUGGGUUUGUAGGUUGUUUAUCCAAACCUUCAAAAUAAGACAGAUCUUGACAUCUUUUGACUCAUCUAGUUAGUGGUUGUUAGCUAGUCUUUCUUCAGAUGGCAUUUUGACCAUAUCUGUAGACCUACCUGAGUAUGAAACAGCAUCGGUGAAGAAAACGAACGUUCAUAUCAGAGAUCUGCGUUUAUUAUGCCCUUGAUCAAAUGAGGAAACAUCUAUAACAAGUCACCUCUUUAAAGUGUGCUCGGUUGGGACACUUUGCAGAUGAAUGUUCACCUCCCUUAUCUAUUUUUCCAAAAUCACGAACAAAAUUAAAUCUCUUUGCCCUCUGCUGCACUUCAUCAAUUAAUACUGAAACUUCGUCUUCUGAAAACGUUAAUUGCGUGGUUUUCUUUUUGUUUUGAAAUCGUUUUCCCCAUAUUUGUUUAAAGUAAGGUUCCAUUCAGCCCUUAUAAAUGCACUACAGAGUGACCACAUAAAGACCAAAAUAUUUUCUUAACAGCUAGAGUUGUACCCGUUCCUUUUUUGGUUUAUUUAUAGAAACUAACCUGCAUAAAAUAUCUUAUUAUGUAUUGAAGACUCUGGAUGGGCUUUUCGUAAUGGGUGUUGUCGCUGUUUGUGGCAUAGAAUUGCGUCCAUUUACAGAUUGAAAUUUUUAAACAAGGGUCUUCCGCCUUGCUUCGCCUGAUUUACGCAAACUGAAGUCCAUGUUCCAGUUGACCAAGGUUGCUUUAGUGAACGUUUCCCAUCUACGUUGAUACCCUCCCCCAGAUAGACACUCAGAUACUCCGAUGUGAUCUAUGGCAGUUGUUCAAUAGGAAACUAUCUGAAGAUGAAAUUAAGUCGAUUUCUUUCCUGCUUGUUCUCAGUUUCGUUUAUACAAUAAUUUAGAAGCAUAUUUUUCCGGGAAAAGGUUUUUAGUGUGACCCGUUAAUUGGAGUGUACAACAUUCCAUGUACCCUGAACCUGGGAUCUUGGUCAUGUUUUACGAGUUUGAGCACUUACUGUAUACGAAAUUAUUCAUUAAUUAUAAUCCAAGCACUAAACAUCGUAAACAUUGCAAACGAUUUCCACUGCGGUCUAUAUCUACAAUUCUGUUGGAUCAGGCCUAUUUUGCCAUCAUGAUAAGAUGUCAUCGUCGAGUUCAAAAAACGCUGGAUCUCGUGACUGACCUUAGCCAUUCAUGCACCUCCUGAGGUUCCAAGCAGUUGUUAGUUAUUUCCACAAGCGUUUAACACCGAUGCUUGAAAGUACACCCUUCUAGAGUUUCACUACAACACGCAAACUUUGAGGCCAUUAGCCUUGCGUAUGCUUUUGCGUACAUACGUUUAUUUGUACUCAAUAAACACUGAAAGCCGAUACUUUCAGCAUGCAUCUGUCAAUAGUUCUUUCGUAAAUUAAGCAGUCAAUUAUACUGUUUAUGUACUUCGCCUCAUUUUCUGAAAAAGAGUCUCAGAGUUUAAUCCGAAGGAAUUCCUUGGACGUGAGGAUAGUCCUCUGGGCCAUGAGCUAUCCUUCAUUCGAUCGCAGUGUCGUUACCGUCAAGAGGCACUCUAAAGAAUACGUUGUAUGCUUCAAAACCACAGUGUAAUUCCUACGUAACGGAAUAUGGACCGCAUGUAAUGGUCUCCCAUUGUGGGCGAUGCAACCUAAAAGCUGCCGCGUUCCUAAACACUACAAAAGUGUAUACUGUUGUGUGGUUAACAUCGUGAUCAUUUCUGACUUUAGCAUUUUAAUUUUCACACAGAUUAAUGUACUACUUUGGAGUAGAUCCUUCUGAGCAAAUCUUUUCAGGCUCGGUCCAAAAGUUGAUGUGAAUAUGUGAGCCGAAAUCUGACAUUUUCAGCGGGACAACCGCGUAAUAUUCAUAAUCUGCCAACAGACAGUCGGUAGUAUCCAAAUGUUGUAUUAUUCGCUAUACUGACAGCACAAGUACCAGUGGAAAGCCUAGGCACGUUUUACCGUCCUUCUCCCACUACAUGAUACAACUGAGGGGAAUUCGGCUCAUCUCUUCGUCCCGCAGAGCUCUUUCUGGUAUUUACUCUAGUGUUUAAUUUUCAACUUGCCUCCUAGUACAUGAAUUCUAAGAGCUGGAAGUGUGCUCAUUUUUUAGGUUCGCAGUAUAAUAAUGCUGGUAAGAAUACCAUGAUGCCGUAGAAUAUUUCUAAGACAUGCCUACUGACAUAAGAUCCAAAGCCGCAAAAGCAGUAAAGACAGCUUCUGCUGAUUUAGAUAAUUGUACAUCAUACUCUCGUUUAAUCGCUUCGAAAAGUCUCAAUUCAAAUUUUUUCCUCCCAGUGUAGAACCUUUGGCACGGCCUUUGCACCUGUAAUUCAUAAAAAAGUCUGCAGACAUUCGAUUGCUUGGGAUUGUAAUCUGAAUUCUUGAAGCGAUUGAAGAUCUACCGACGCCUUACAUGAAUUGCAAAUAAUGUCGCUCUUCACCGGUAGUUGACAGAAAACAAGACCUAGCCUAAUUCACAGCUACAUAAAGAUGCCGGGUACUAUCGGAAAUUAAGACAAAAAUGUUGUGACAGCUACACAGUUUCGAGCACUUUUGUGUAGUAACAACGGCCUUUCAUUUCACGAUGCCGGCAGGUGUUCUCGUAUUCAUGUGGAUAGGCUCUCGCUCUUACGACCAAUAUAGGCUGCUCCACAGGGACAAGUAAAGGAGUAAAUGCACAUGGAGUUGGUCCGAACUGGUGGUCUAUCCUUACCCUCCCUGCGUAUGAUGGAGUUGGUCAAGAACAAUACUUGAAUUCUUACUGCCGGGAAAGUCCGUAAGACGGCUUGGUCAGGGAGCCUUCUCAGAGUUCCACUUACCGCGUCCCCUUGAAAGUGGAGAUUGAGGAACAGAGUCUUCUUUUCCGUCGUCGGUAUGAUGAGUUUUCCUGGUCUUUCGGAAAAAUUCCAUACAAUAAAUUUGUCAGGACACCUGUUGUCGCGAAACAGGUCCUGGAUUCUUCUAAGUUCUUUAUCAACGCUAUCUGCCGAACGGAUUUUUCUAUCCCCUUGCGCCAAACAGCAGACCAGAUUACGUUUCCGUUGAAGGGGUACGAAACUGCAAAAGUUCGUAUAUUCCCCAAACAGGUUUCUUGUCGAUACACGCUUCUUCAAAUGUUGCCGUCAGCUCUUCUGCAUAGAAGGACUUCUAGGAAUUCCAGGGAGCCUCCCGUUUCCACUUCCAACCCAAACCUGAUUGGCGAGUGCGCUUGAUUUAGAGCAUCCGAGAGGGCGGUUACGUUGGUUUCUCUGGCGGCAAUUGGAAAGAUGUCGUCAACGUUGCGAAUGUAGUGCCUUAGCUUAUUGAUUUGGUCGUUUGGCUGGAACAGCUCCAGCCUGCCCAUGAAGAUAUCGGCUAGGCGAGGACUAAGAGGCGAUCUCAUAGCAACUCUGUCUGUACGUCUACAUAUUUGUUUGUCUAAUAGGAACGGCACAUUUUGUGUACAUUUUUGUAAUUAGCUCUUUGAGUGCCUUCGUCGGAAUGCCUAUUUGUUGGUGAUUGGUUCACAGGAAUUCACUAAUGUACUCUGCUGUCUUUUUGUCCUAAAUGUUUGUGAAAAGUGAUGAUACAUCGGGUGGAAACAUCACCAUGCCGUUUAGGUUUAGGUCUUUAACGUCUUCAAUGAAUUCUAAGGUAUCCCGAUAGCUAUGUGAUGUUAGUUGAUACUGUACACGUUUGGGUUUCUCUGUUAACCACUUCGCAAUCGCAUGAUAGGGAGAGUUGCGCAUGCCCAAGAUCGGACAGACUGGUAGGCCGUUCUUGUGGAUCUUCGGUAGACUGUACAAUCGAGGGAUGUUUGUGCCCGCUGGGCUGAGAUUUUCGAGUUCGCUAUCGCAUGUUAAGCCUCCCGCAUGGAGCCUGCGUAGGCAGUCGGUCACAAAUGCUUCUAUUUCAUUCGUGCAAUCUUUCUCUUAGUCGGCUUUCUUGAAUUGCUUUUUGUCUGACAAUAUGGACUGUAUUUUCGCCACAUAAUCCGAUCGUUUCGUUAAAACUACGCUUGUUUCUUUAUCCGGUCUAGAUCCCAAAAUAUCCCCGUUCUCUCUUAGCUGCAUUUACUUCUGUGUGUGAGCUUUUGUCAGCAGUCCCCGACUGUUUGUACUUUUGUCCAGAUAUUGAUAGCCGCAAUUCACUAGUGUCGAUUUCAAGUGUGGGACACUAUCUGUGGAAAUAGGUUAUGGAUUGUACGUCCGGUUCCAGAUAUCCUCUAACCGUGUUUCCAAGUCUAGAUGAUUGACUUUUCAAGGAGGUAUGCAAAACUUGGGACGAAGAUACAGUGGUUCAAAUGAUGUUUUAUCGAAAGCCAUAGAAGAACAAUUGUGUGCGUACUGAUCUGUGUCUGGGAGCCCUGAUUGUGGUUUCACCUCGCGCAUCCGUUGCAGCAGUGAGGAUCUCUUUACAUCUCCCCGUAUUCUUCCUACAGACUCGGUAUAUUUGAUAAAUCCGUGUCUUACGUUUGCUGCCAGGACGUCGAGACCGGCUGUGGGUUGACCGACAUGACGCUCUAGUUCUUCCAUCUUGACGCGGCUGCUUUCCAGUUGAUUUUCAGCGUAUCUUCUUAGGGUUACGGAGGUGGUAACUGUACGACUACGUCGCAGCGCUCUUCAAUAGUGGUUUUGAUACUCAUUUUUCUUAAUACAGUCCCCAAUAAACUUGCCCAGUCGCCGGCAUGUCAGCAAGUCUGAAACGAAGUGAGGUUAGCACGGCGGGUUGCCACGGCGGUGGGAUGCCAGAACAUUUAUCGCAAAAUUAGAACGCUACUUUAUACGAGAAUUUGGCAAUUACGCCCCUCUGUAUAGGCUAAACUUCUCAUUUUUUCGGUUGGAAUCCUUAAAGAGAACGCAUCGAGGUAUAGUCGACUGUUUUCUUCAAAUUAAAAAGUAUUUUUUAUUGUUAGCAGCCGUCACAUUGCACCUAGGUUGUUUGUCAGUGUAACUUGUAACAACCAUAGAACACCGCUCGACCUGACAAGAACCGACAAUGUGCACCUUAGUUCUAUUAAGGUCUAUGGAUAAUUGGAAUAUCCAUUCAAUUUGACUAAAAAAAAACUUAGCUCCACCUUCCCAAUUAACCGGACGAGACGGACACCGACUGUCCCGGCUUCGGAGAACACUUUGCCUUUAAUAUGCUCCAAAUCUGCGACUUCAGGAUUUUAAAAAACGUGAUUUCCUACAAUGCGACUAUGAAGUCGACUUUGUCUGUAGUUGGAAGAUUUGCGUAAGCAUUUAAGGUCGACAAAGGAGUUCAUCAUGCUCGUUGUUUGUGUACAAAGUGGUUGACAUUUGAUGGACCACUUUCUUUUAAGUACUACCGUCUUCCCGUAUGUAUGCCAAUUUUUCUUCUGAUUUUGAGUAUAUUCACCUUUUUUCCGUUACUUGCAAGCCAUUUUUCGACAACGCACUCAUUGUCUAAUUGGCUAAAGGCAGCGCCACUUAGAAGCAUGCGUUUCGUCAGCUGCCAUCAUCAACUUCUGCACCACUCCACACACGUGAACACAUGCAUGCACGAGACAGUGCUGGUCGUCAUCACCAGAUACGCAAAUUUAUGCCAUUGGUGGCGCCGCAGACAGAAGGUUGUUACAACGUCAUUCUUCCAUCUCACACCACCAAUAUCACUGGAACACACGGGGCGUUGUUGCUUGCUCCGCUCCUCUGCCCCCUAACUUGUUGCUUUUGCUAUACUAGUGUCGCAAUUAUUGCCGUUAACUUCAAGCCAUCUGCUUUGGAUGUUAAGCAUCGAAGGUGAACUUGAGCGGCUUACAGCCCUGGACUCCUCGGAGACUCUCUACUCCGUUCCCAUCCAACCAACUGAUGAGUCACUUCCUCCAGGUUCCUUCGGAAACGCUGUCCCUGCGGUGGCUGAUGGUUGGCAGAGUUCCAACGUCGUGCCCCGGAAGUAUGCCAAAAUCUUCGCCUCUGACGAGCUCUACGAUGAGGAUGAUGAAAAAGAUCGUGAGUGAUUUUCCAUUUAUAUUUUAUCCCUGUUUACCUAUAUCUGGAUACGAUUGUGGAGCAUUGUCUAAUGACAUGGGAUGAAUGAAGCAAGGGAAGUCUCUCUGGAUGGUAGAAAAUUAGGUAGUGAGAAAUGAGGUUAUAUCAGUGCAUCGUACACAGCUCCGGACAAAAUUUUGACAUGCUUACUCAAACCGGGAAUCCGACUAUUGCAGGUUUGCCCAAGUGUCGUGGGAAGGCUUAACGCAAAAUGACAAAUUAUAAGGCCAGUCUAUGAUUAGCUAUCUCCUUGCACGUGAACACAGCUAUUGGACCUACGAGAACGAGCAACUCAACGCCGACUUGCCAUGUCGCGGACCGAAAUGUUUGCUCUUUGUGUCCCCCGGCCGAAUUCCGCCAUUCUUUUCACCGUCUUAACACAUAUGUAUAUAUAUGCAUUGAAAUGAAUGUUUAUAUUCCAGUUGUAUGUAUAAGCAGGGGAGAAGACUGUUUGAUAGCCUCUUUUAUCUUUGACAAUGGACGAGUUCGAAAGCUCAGGCAAAAUAAGAAACGGUUCCGGCGAUCGAACAGUCUUUUUCUAUAAUUAUAUAUGCAUAUAUAUAUGGAUAUGAGCAAAAGGGCUGACCCCAGGUGUUGAGAUUGAAGAGGGCAAGUCGAUCUCUGGGGAGGAAGAUUUAAUCAUCUGACGUUUCGUACUUGUACUCGAGCACAUCAUCGGAGCUAGAAAAAAUGAGAAAUACGUGGUUUAAAUAGGUAAUUCGUGUUGGUACUUGAUAGGUCGAUCUCGCUGUGGUAUGGCUAAUCAUCCACUAAGGUGGCCUCUCGUACGCGAAGAGUGUUUGUGUAAACUUCUUUAAGGAAGGGUUCCCACCAUAUAGGAAGGUUACAUUGUGUACCUUGUCGCCAUCAGACAACGAUUCCCGAAUCUCAAACUGCGCUUGCCAGAUAUUCUAAUUAGACCCACCUGCUCACCUAGCAAUACUCUCACUACGGUCUUACGUCUCACUCGAGUCUACACAGUCUCGUGCAAGUGGCGCGAGUGGCAGCCGAUCGUCAUACGACCGCCUGCGUGGGCCUACUCCAAAGUACGUCAUUUACUGUGUGACAUCACUUUUUACGCGCCAUUCUGUUACACAGAGCGUGUGAGGCCUCUUUUUGUCUUAUGCCUGGGAUCUUUGUAGCUGCUCAUUUAGAGUGACAUUAGGGCGAAGCAUUUGGUGUUCCUUCUUGUCUUUUCUGCCUCAAGUUUCGCGCAAGUGCCUUGGUAGCCGGGCUCUCCUUCCGGAUCGGUAACAGGGUCAGACAGUUUGUUUCCUGGCGAGGGUCCGUGUAUCUAAAACGCACAUUUUGUGUCCUGUCGGUGCAGGGUCCCGCUGGGGUCCCACCUAUAUCGUUGGCAAACUUAAGACAAAAUUUUCAAAGGUCAGACUCCUGUGUUCCGGCCUUCAGUUUUCGCAUCUAUCUAGGAGACGCAACUGACGAAUUAGUAAGGCGACGUCUAAAGACAGCUAUCAGGGACGCUUUCCCCGCGGCGAACUUACACGAAAUCCCCCGCCAUUUUUGAGACGUAAAGGCCAAUUACUGUUACAGGCCAUGUUGAUUUGGAUUUACUCAUUCACUUGCUCCUAUGGAGCAGGAUACAUUGGCGGUUCAAAUAGGCGUCUAGAAAAGGGGGUACGCCAACACAUACCUACCUGACUAAGUGGAGGGGAAUGUAGAUGGACUUCACGUUCUAUUCUCGCACGUCUAUUCCCUACGAUUCAGCCAGCCAACGCCAAAGAAGCCGUUCAGUUUGUCUACCGGGCACCACCAAACUCCUCUACAGACAUGCGACAAUGCGUGCCAGCAACAGUCAAUACAGUGUCUAUUCUCCCAACGUAGCUAGUGCUUUGUUGUCAGAAUAAGUUGGUACCAGUCGAUUGCAUGUAUACCACAAAUUUCCUCUAUCGUAAUGACCAUUCCUCUUAAUUCGGCUGGUGAGUGUCGCGAGUCGGAAGUCCGAGGGUAUAGUCUUCAUUUUGGAAUGGUGAGGCGGUCUGUCAAGCACAGGUUCACUCAAUUAGGGUACAUUAUUUAUGCAGGCCUCCGUUUCGCGCUAAAUGAGUCAGCAGAACGCUCUCGAGUUCGUGAAGGGGAUUGUGUGUCGGUGGACGCUCGGCAGAAAGUAGUGGGAUGAGAACGGCAUCUUUUGUGCAAUCAAGUACUUUUUGCUUGCGAUAUUAGCCCUUAUGCACUCCAGACGACUAUUUAGCAUUCCAAAGCCUUCUUCUCCAAUGUAACCUAAUUAACCAAAAUCCGCUGUAAAUAGCUUUCACGGACGUUUCUUCAAGUGCGGCUAUAAAUAACGUCCCCAGGCGUGUAUUAGCCAUUUUAAAAGUAGGCGGUACUAUUGUCUCUUUCCAAAUGCAGGUCUAUCUAACAACAUUAGAACAGUUUUGCAUUGCCAAAUUUAAUGACCCGUCGACUUCUCCCCCGGAUGAGCUGAUCGUUAAUUCUUCCUUCCGAUUCCGCAUCACUGGUUUAGUCAAAUCCACUGCGGCCAUCUAUCCUGGUCUCUGUGGCAGUAUAAACACAUGUUCCAGUAGGCAAGUGGAAGGUCAACGUGUCAUCCGAAAACCGUGCCUUCUGUUUCAGCUCAGUGUCUUUGCCCCCAAAAAGCCGCUGAUAUUAACAGUCUGUUCGGUGUAUUUACGAUUUGCGAAUUGGAAUUCAGUCUGCUUGUUAUGACUUGGGUUUCUUCCAACUCCCAUUCCAUAUGUGUGCUUGCCUUCACCGACAUGCAUACUCAGCCUCCAGACAGAACCCUUUAUCAACUGAUCACAGUUUCUCACCAACCCCGUAGUUAUGUCCCUGUUCUUUACUUCGUGCAGGUGGGUCACCCUUGUAAAAUUAUACCUUACAGUAUCAUCGAUAAAGAUCAAGGGGACAGAGCUAACCGCCUAUGACUUAUUUGCCGCCGUCAGCCACCCGUACUCGUAACAUUCCUUGAAAAAGGCAAAGAGCCCACCGGAGUAGAGUUAUUGUGUUGUUGACCUUUUGGAGAGCUUGGUUGACUCGUCAUUGUCAAGGUGUUUGGCGCUAAACGUCGACCGGGAUUUUAAAUGACUGGUCGAGGUAGUCGGUCGUAAGUUGAUUGAUUUUGCUCUUCUUUCUUUGCCUUGGCCUUUUGGUGGAUGUUUGACUGGCCUGAUGGCCGCUUACGUUGCGAACUAUCACAUCGGUGGCGUGUGGUUGAGCCGUGACUUCCCCCUUGGGUGGCUUCGUCGUCGGGCCGUGUCUUCUCGGUUUUUUGAAGUCCGGUAUGGGCGUCUUCCUCAAAUUAUCACCUGGAACUCACCUAUACGGACCACAGCUUUCAUUGAGUUUUGCGCUAACUCCGCCGACCCAAGUGUCUAAAAAAGACGUCUAAAAAAAGACUUCGUAUUUUUCUACGCUCGGCCGCUUUCAGUUAAUUUUGUGCACUUAGUCGAUGAUGGCAAGCUCGCAGGUUUCUCACUUCAAAAGCUUGUCAAAGUCAACCUCUUCCUCAAAUCAUGAAGGGUUUCUAAUUUUAAGAGCAACCUUAGAUUGGAUGAACAGGGGCUCGGGGUUGAAUUAAAAGUUUGGUUGAACUGGGCAAUUUUUUCAAAAUGAUUGACAGCGCAGAUUGUUGUCUCCAGUUCACGCCGUUGCCUCUUAACCCUUUCAAGUGUACAGUGCGUGACCGAUCCCAUGAAAUAUCAGCUGAAAUCCAUAAGUAUUUUUUUUCUAUCAGGAAGAAUUACUUAGGUGAGGUUGUGCAAUAUUGAUUAUCGUGCGGCAUAAUCCUGUAAUGUUUCGGACUCACCAGAAUGUUGGCUUUUGAAUGCACUUCUUUUUGACCUCAUGUAAAAAUCGCGCUUGGUAGAAAACGACAACUUAUGUAGCAUUCAUUUUUUACGUUGAUUUUCGAUGGCCUUAUAAAUUCAAAUAUAUUGUGUAUAAAGCAUGUACAAAAUGUGCUUUUUCCUGCUCAUUUGGCAAAAAAUCACGUCGUCUUUGCAUUUUAUACUCGAAGAAAAAGCAUCACUACUCAGUUGCGUUCUUGUGUAAUGUCUGUAUUUAGAGAUCUUCGAUAGUUAUCUCUGCUGUGCUGCUUUCCGUCCAAAAUAUCGUGGUUGUUGAGGACGGCAGUUUGAAUUGCUGAGCUCAGUAUUCAAUUUGUCGAGUAAUUCUUCAUUAUAAUGCUGAAUUUGGUGGACCUAAUCCUAAGCAGCAUUUUGUGAACUGAUUAUGGAAAUAUGCCUCAUUCUAAGUCGUUACGGUGUUUUGGUUUCCACAAUGUUAGUUCUAGCCGAAUUUGAGUACCCAUAAUGGUCGAAGCUCCCAUUCAUGCUCUUUUUAACUAAUUGGUGACCGGAGAUGCUCGUCUUUCAUAACCUGUUUAAUCAGACUGCAGAACAACAAAAGUCCUUUGGAUUGCUGGUUUUUUGUUGAAUCCGAAUCUUGUCGUUCUUGCAACUGCACCCUUUAUUUUCCCCUUUACCUAUUUUCAGUGGGUUCAGUGCAAUCGCAAGGCUCAGUCAUCACCUAUCUCAUCUCUCAACUUCGCAUUGGCAUGGAUCUCACCCGUAUCACUCUGCCCACCUUCAUUCUUGAAAAGCGUUCCACCUUAGAAAUGUAUGCUGACUUCCUGGCCCACCCGGACCUCUGGAUUGCCAUUGCGGAUGGCGCGACUCCCUGCGACCGUAUGCUUGCCUGUCUGCGUUGGUAUCUCUCCGCUUUUCAUGCUAGUCGACGUUCCGAUGUCGCCAAGAAGCCCUACAACCCCAUCCUUGGCGAAGUUUUCCGCUGCUGUUGGCCCAUGCAACAGCGGUCUCAGUCGACUGAUUCUGGUGUCGCCUUAGAUCCCGAGGACGUACCCGUUAUCUAUCCGGACGAGGAACUAGCCCGCUCUGGUCCCCUGCCUUUCGCUGCCGAUGAUUGUGUUGUGUUUUUAGCUGAACAGGUAUGCCACAUUUCGCUUCCGUCCAUCUACUCGGCUCAUUUCCGUAUCAGACAUGAAUUAGAGAGCCCGGGUAGACUUGUUCUUAUUUAUAGUAUGCCACUGAAAAUUUGGCGCGCAGCGCAUUUGUCUUUAGUCCCCUUUCGAGGCCGUUUUUCGAACAUCUUGCUUUGUUCACUAAUCAUUCCCAGUGAACGCCACCCUCAUGUGUGUCUUUAAUCCGAUAUUUUGCCCAUCAAAGACGACUUGACUACUACCACUCCUUUGAGUAGUGUGAACGGCUGAUUUUAGGGAAUUCUUCUGUGUGUCCAUUGGCCUCCCUCAUCUCCAGUCUUGACACCGAGCUCAGGUCGGGGAGGAGGAGAGAGUGUGGUAAAUGCAGCGCAAGUCGCAGUGCCUUCCCCCACCACCUGAUGUGGGGCAUACGGUGGACGUCUUCGGUCGCAACGGUCGAACUUCCGUGUGUGUCCAAGAGAGAGGGGACAAGGGAGGUGGCCAGGAGAAAAAGAGAUGUGCAUCGUUGGCCCCGGUACUUCCUACCCACUAUGUUCUACACUACUUUUGCACCCACUAUGUUUCGAUGGCAAAAUUGGUGCGGGGGCGCGAAUAAGUGCCCUUCCCCGUUAGAGCUUGCCUUGCGAUAAAUACCAGGGGUGGAGAAUUAGGGGGUUGGUGUUAGUGUUCGUGUUAAAGUUGGAGCACGAGAAUAGGUGCCCCCUGGAAUUCGGCGCAAAGCCACCCGUAAUACGGCGAAGUUACUUCCGCGUCUAAACGUGAGAUGGCCUUAGCUGCGGCUGCUGAGCUAGAAUAAAGCCCUGUUUAUGUGUGCGAUAAGGCGAUUGGUCCGCUUAUACGACCGAGCCAUGCUUAUUGCACAUUCAACAGCCAUGCAAAAACCUGCCAGUGCUUGUGGCCGCUGUGCUCAUGCAAACAGAAACAGGAAAGUGGUCUUGGCGAAAUCAAAGUGAAAUGUCCAUCCCAUGCGGCUGGUAAUGAGCGUGGGUGGCUUUCCAUCAAAAUGAAGUUCUGUAAGACUCAUUAUUUAUCUUCUGAAAAACUGAAGAUUGCAACUGCCCUUACAGAUAUGACCGUCGUUGUGCUGCAUUUUCUUCAUUUUUACCAUGUCGGGGUUAUACGAACGAGCAUGCAUUCUAAUAUUAAAAGGGGAUACAUGGAGCGUGGUUAUCCUACAAAAUAAGCCUAGUUAUCAUUGUAACGGGACGAGAUGUUGCUCUACUUUGACAGCCACAGAAGGAAGUCUGGUAAGUUUCCUUUCAGAAUAAGAUCAUUAGUGUUUUCUCUAACCCAUGAAGCAUACUGUCUGACGAAGCUCCUGGUGUCCCGUCAGGACUCUUUAAAUAAGCCCUCGUUAUUAAUGUGGAGCAUUGUUCCCCAUUAACAUACACGAUCGCAUGCCAGUUUUCAGACGGGUGGGAGCACUUUAUCUGCCCUUGUUGUGUAUCUUAUUCAGGAAAAUGCAAAAUCUACUUCCAUAUCUUCUGAAAAUAGCGCACCAAUAUUGUAUUUACUACCCUAAAGUGUCUAUCUAAUCUUUGGAAGUGCAUGAUAUGUUGCCCUUAACAAAGCUUAUUCUGCAUCGUUUGAGGCGCACUCUCCGUUUUCGCCUCUUUCUUGGCAUGUUUUGUCUCUUUAUUGUUCCUUUUCAUGCUGCUGCCAAAAGACCUCUUUCCGUUUAUACAGUGUCUAAAUUACUCCUCAUACCUUGUAAAGGGACCGUAUUAACUUUCGGACAUCUGACAGCUUUCGAGGCCUCCAAACCGCGCAAAAGUUUCAUUACUUAAUCGCCUAAAAUCCUCCUCACUAUUUUUAGACGAGUCAGUUACUAGCAAAUGGGACAUAAGAAAUUGCUUUUUUCUAGUCAUUCUAAGAAGUAUUGUUGGAUUGUUCGAAGCGCCGUAAAGCAUUGAAGAAAUAUCGCUAAUCAACUAGCGGUUUUUUACGUUUAAUGGACACAGGUUACCGAGAGGUCUCCGCCUUGAUAAUAAACAUACGAUUAAAUAUCAGUCAGCGUGAGAUUUUGCUCGUAGUUGCUACGUAGUGUAGCUCCAUUUGCGAACUCUCUUCUCUCUUGAGAUAGUGUUUAAGGGGUUCGAUUUCAUUAGUCCCUACGUUUACUGAAUUGUCGGAAAAUUUUCUCAUCAGUAGACGAGGUAGAGUCCGGGGGUUUCAUUUUAGCAAGUGGCCGUGUAAUCGUGCUUGAAUGGCCGCCUUUUUUAUUUUCGUUCCUAAAGCGGUCAUCUUCCUCUUGCGUUUUAUGCACCAAGAACAUCUCUAAAGGCUUCUUUUAUAGCGUGGGACAUUUGCAAUUUCUCCUUCUUUUUCAUCUGCAGGUCUCGCACCAUCCACCAAUCUCCGCCUUUUAUGCAGAAUACCCUCCAAGUCGCAUACAGGUCGGCGGUCAUAUUUGGACCAAGUCGAAAUUUCUCGGUCUCAGCAUUGGCGUGGAAAUGGUCGGUAACGCGACUGUGUCUCUGCUCGACUUAGAUGAAGACUACACAGUCACUUUUCCAUCUGCUUAUGGAAGGUGAGUUCUGAGUCCUGUUCCCGUCCUGCGCCCUUGAGUAGAACUUUCUUAAUUAUAUUGAUGGAGGCUUGAGGAUAUCUGAAACGCUGUCCGCGCCAAUUAUAACCAAAACUGUUACCCGUCUGCCGCUCCAAUCCCUGGUUACGCGCCAAUUUCUUUUGUUGCCGACUGGAGGGAGGGACACUUAACUUUGUUAACUGCCGACCAUGCACAAUAACUUAAUCCGGGGAGUUUACAGCAUGGAUAAGACACGGAAAUUUAGACCCUUCCUCCCCGUACUACAGGUGGCCGUGCACUAAAUUCCGAGGAGUCAGGAUUAGGAGAGUUAAAGUUAUGCGGAUUAGGUACCUUCCUGGAAUUUAGCAUCACGCCACCUGUGGUACGGGGGGAAUCCUUAUUCCGCACCUCGGUUUUGCCGACAACUAUAUGUUUGGUGAUUUUGAUCAGUAUUUCUUUUUUGUUAUACUGCAAGCUCUAGGGCAAAUCUUAAAACGUGUCGCAAUUCAUAUCUCGACGUAGUGUACAAGCGAAUAGAACUUCUGUUACUGCGCUUUUCAUCUAAGUUUCUUUCCAUUCAACGAUGAAAUCGCCUGCUUCCCUCAGCUUUUAAUGUCUGUCAUUAUUUUGUGUCGACUGUUUUGACCUGUUCUCUCGGCAUCUCGGAAUAAACCUCAUCAUCUCGACCAGUCUGCAGUUGUUUCAUGGUAGCUUUGUAGCCGUCACUAAGGAGGGCCGAUCAGAGGCGAAAAGGGGAUUCAAAACCCCUUAACUGCCAACCUCUUCAGCAGGGUUAAUACGACGCGUAAGACGGAUGAGCUUGGUAUGUGCCAACCGUUGACAGCCUAUCUCUAACGAGAAGCACUGCGAAAAAAUCUGACACGAGAGAGUAGCGAACUUUUCCGACUUGUUUGCCAGGAGCACCUUUGACUGGAAGUUAGUCGUGGUGAUUAACGCUCUACAGCUUUGUCCGCAGGCCCUCACUCUGUCAACUGUUAUUGGAAGUGCCCAAUCCCAUGGAACUGCUUUCACCGAUCUGGCCUGAUUAGGGGGCGGAAUGUGGGUCGUUAAGUUUUUGAAGAUUCCGUCUACAGUCUUUGCCAGUGGUCACAUAACGAUUUUUAAUCAAUAAUCAGGAAGGCGGGACGACGGGACACCGAGAAUCUGCCUUUUUGCGGAGUUGCAGUCGAUGCGGAGCGUCGGCAGAUGACGGAUGGUCAAAAGACCUUCAGUGCAGGCUGCUAAAGUAAGCAGACUCUCAAGUGUCACGAAUAAGCUGUCUCAGACUGGACAACGAUCGGAUUUCGCUCUUGGCUUGGCAAAUUAGCUGCAUGGCGGUGCGAAAUCUGUCUGACGUCAAAAAGGACUUUACCUGCCGGCAGGUGCUGCAAUCCUGGAAUCUUGAUUGGUGUAUCUUACAGGUGUAUGGAGAUGUCCACCCCUCAAAUACAGCUACUACAGAGAACCUUUAUCCUACCACGCAACUCUUUUCUGACGAGCUGUGGUCUGAGCGGACUUCUGGAUUAUCAUAGGACUAUAUUCCGGUUUAACUUGGCAGGAGCCGUGACUCUGGAUAGAACGAUUCUCCCCCUCCCUCCUCUAGCGACAACGAUAACAGGGACUUCUCAUUAUUUCUGGCCAGCUCGUGAUAACUGAGACCUGAGAUUGGAAUAUGGCCCAUGUAGUCAUUGAUCUUGAGAGUCUGCCAGUUAAACCAUGGCCAGUCGUGUUAAUAACUAUACAGUUUGAACCUCGAACACCGAUAAUCAAAAUUUUCAAACUUGUGUGAGAUUUUCCCCUCUGAAGAAACGAAGUUUGUGUUAGUACAGCAACAGCGACUGGAUCGAUGCCUCUUGCACUGAUAUUCUGUCAUUUUGAAAUUUACGAACUGACCCACCCUGUUGUAUCAACCUACUGCAAGAAGCGUAGAACCAAACUAUCCGCAGCUUCCAUCUUCCUGAUACGCCUCUAGGGGUUGUCAUUUGCGAGGGACACUGCAGUAGCCAUUUCUGGCUACUUUGUUGUCAUCAACCAGUGAUAUCCGAGUCCCAAACUGCGCACCUAAAAGUGUAGUGUCAGUUGCUCAUGGCGCAAUGUCCUCACCAUUGCACCGCGGGCCUACGUCAUGUCAGCUAUGGCUGGGCAUAAGCAGUCUCGAGGGAGCGGGGCGCGGUGGCCUUUCUCGGUGUUUGGUCGUCAUACAACAACGGCCAGUGUGAGCUUUAGAUGUGAGUCCGUAAUGCAGUGGUGGGAAUACCGCGGCGCCUUAAGUCGUGGACAGACCCUAACACCAUUACAGCCUGCAGGCCUAGUCCCGAGCAGAGAGAAUAGAGAUUGGACUCCCGGUGGAUUGACCAUUGAAUUCUGUGCAGAAUGAAUGAAGAAUGGGGUGGAGCGAGACAGGAAACGAUGUGAUCGCUGAGGCAAGAAGUUUAUUGGCUCCGCUCUUGCUUCUUGUACACCGUCCAGAUCUCAGCUCCGUACAGCACGUCGGCAGGAUGACCGCUUCGUACGUCUUCAGUUUGGUGCUGAUGUGAAGACCGUAGAGCUUCCAGACGCGCAGUCAUCGGCGAAGAAUAGUUUAUUAAAGGCAGUUGUGGAUACACGCGACCGGAACUGCAUCCUCUGUGGUGGUUGAGGAGUUGGCCGUCCGUCCUGUAGGCAAUGCGGACCCCGGGGCGUUUGUCACGGUAGGCGUCCAUCGACAUGGCAGAGAACAUGAGACUGAAGAGAGCAGGCGCAAAGACGCAGCCCUGCCUCACUCCGUUAGUCACUGCGAAUUCCCCUAAGACAUUUCCAUUGUGAUGGCGCGCCCUGUCAUGCUAUCGUGGAGCUGACGCACCAUCUGAGUGAAUCGUUCGGGACAGCCGAAAUUCUGCAUGAUUUUUCACAAUCCUUUACGAUUCACCGUGUCGAAGGUCUUCGUCAAAUCCAGAAAGGUAGAGUAGAUGUGGAUCCGCAUUUCCUGAUACUUUUCCUGCAACUGGCGGGCGACGAAGAUCAUACCCGUGGUCCCACAAUGACGACGGAAGCCGCACUGGCUUUCCGGUAAGCGACCUUGCUCCUGAUGGUGCUUUAGACGGUUGAGAAGGAUGCGAACGAAUAUCUUCCCGGCGAUGUUUAGCAGGGAAAUGCCUUGGUGAUUUUUACAGGGCUUAUGAUUACCUUCCCGCUUGUGAAGGUGCAGGGUUCUGAGGGACUUCUCCUUGACGUCACAUCAGAUGAUCCAUGAUUUGGAGGCCACAGCGCUUGUAGAUCUCAGCAGGGCUCGCGUCUUCACCGGUCGCUUUCCCUCUGGAAAGCUGCUGCUCGGCCUUGAUGGUUUCGUGUAGGGAGGGCAGAAGGUCGAGGUCGGCGUUGGUCUCCACUUGAGGCAGACGGACGAUGGCGGCGUCGAAGGUGGUGGAGGGACGGUUGAGAAGGCCUCUGAAGUGCUCGACCUACGCUGUAGGAUUUGUGUCUUCUCGGUGAUAGGGUACUUCCUUCAGUGCUGAGAAGAGGAGCUAUUCCUUGGGUUGGCAGACCGGAGACUUUCUUGAUAGCGGAGAAGAAAUUCUUCCAUUCGUUGCGGUCCGCGCACCCUUGUAUCUCCUCGGCUUUGCGGGCCACUCAGACGUCCUGCAUCUCUCACAGCAGCUGUUGCACAAGGCGGCGAUUACGGUAGAAGGCUGCUUUGUUGUCGUCGGUGGGACGGUUGACGUAGGCUUUGUGCAGGCGGUUCUUCUCGGCGAGCAGGUUGCUGAUAACGGUGUCGGCGACGUGCGCGACCGCGGACAGCCAGGGCCGUCGACUGGACUGUGUCCCGGAUUUGGCACCAUUGGUUCUCAACGGAGGCGUUCUCGAUGGCAGCGGCGGCGGCGACUGGAAGAUUGGCUACCCUUUGUGCUGAUUCAUUGCUGACGUGGGGAUGGUGAGCAAGCAACAACAACAGCACAAUAUUCAGCUUUUCUGGUGGUCGCUUACCUUGAGGUCUUCUGCGAGGUUUUAGACGAGACGAUUGUCGGUCCACCCGUCGGCACCCAUGAUCACCUUUGUCACCAGCACAUCCCGCUUGUCUCGCCUCCGGACGAGGAAAUAGUCCAGCAGGUACCAGUGCCGCGCCCGAGAGUUCAUCCACCUGGCCUUCUGUCGCUUCGUAAGGCGGAAGGUGUUGGUCAAGAUGAAACAGUGUUCUGCGCAGGUUGGUAGGAUAAGUAGACCAUUUUCAUUGGAGCCGUUGAGACCAUGGGGACCCAGCACACCUCUCCAUGUAGUAUGGGCUGUGCCGACGCGGGCAUUGAAUUCACCGGGGGCAAUCAACUUACCCGCCUUCGGUACAGUCGGCAGGAUGUCCUUCAGGUCCUCGUAGAAUUUGGUGGCGGAUUUGCCUCCCCGGAAAGACAAGCAGAGGCUCACCAGGCGAUUGUUGAUGCCAUGCGGCGGACAGGUCAGUCGUCCGACGAUAUCAUUUCUUAUGGCAAAUGCAAAGCCCGCGUCCCAUCUCUCUGUCUUGGGGCGACCGCUCCGGAAGAUAUAGCCAGCACCCACCUCUAAUUAGCCUUGUUUGAAGAACUGGGCCACGCUGAAUGCGGCGAUGUCCACCUUGUAACCCGCCGUCCUCCGUUCGGGUCGGUUGCUCCUCGGAUCGUCUAAAAGGGGACGAACAUUCCAGGUUGCCAGAGUCGGCGGACCCCCCCUACCAGCCUGUGGGGUGUGUCGGUGUGGAGGGGCGGUGCGAGAGGGGGAAGAGAGAAUUGUUUCUUGUGUAAUUUUUCCGACCGUGUGUUUUUGCGUCUGCGAUCCACGGUCAGCGCACAGAGGGCGUGGUCGCAGCAUUUGUGUAGGGAACCUUUUCCUGCCCCUCGCGGAGGUGAUCAGUGCUGUCCCUAAAUAGAGCAGCUCAGCCGGCUGCCGAACUUCACGAUAGACCACGAUUUUUGUUUAUCGGGAGAGCGACCCGCGUUUGCCCGUCCGCCUACGUCAUCGUUGUCGCUCUCACAGUAGGACUGUUGAAGGGGUGGGGGUGGGCGAAGGGUAGAAAGACGGCAAGCAGAGUUUUCCGUCCCCUCUCUAAGCCAACUGGUUGUUGAAAUAUAAACGGUGGGCAGAAAAAUUCAACAGAACGCUAUUUAGCUUACAACACGGACAAACACAGACAAGCAAAGGCAAGCAAGCAAUAACAAGCUAAGAACAAAUACAACAGAUCAAUUUUGGAAUUCCCUGAGGGGUCAUUUACCUUGUGGCCUCCUGCGAACGGAGCUCUGUCUUGGUGAUCCGUGUGUCUGGCGAAGUUGUUAACUGAAAUUCUGAAAUGCAUUCUCGAUUAGGAAGGAUUAAUUAAGUUGGGUUGUAGUAUUGCUUGUCGUUCAGCAGAGCCCCAUGAUAUUCCAAUCGCUCUAGGAUGCCGACUUUUGAAUACGCUUCUUUCUGGCCGCCUGCAAAAUCGCACUAGCUAACAGUGGCUAGUUAGGUGGUGUGCAUGCUCCCCAUCAAUUUUCAAUGCCCCUACAAAUUCAAGUCUAUUUUACAGGAUGAAUGUAAAAAAUAACCUUCGUUAUGCUCAUUUUGUAGUUAACCACUUCAUUGUACUUUUUGUCUUAAAAAAGCAUUUCAAUUCCAAAAUAAUUUUGAGUCCCACCUGCAGCCGCAUUUACAUUUAAUGCCCAAAGUCUGCAAUCAUGCAAGUGGAAUCAUGCAUUCUUCUGUGCAAUCAAGCAGAUAUCACAUGGGGCUCAUUAAAUUUUGCAAUACAUGUGGACCAUGUUGCUUACUUCAUAAGAGGGGGGUAUUGGAAAACGGAUAGAUACGGUGCUGUUUGGAUGGACGUUUCGCGACCUUAAAAAUCUUUUAAUUGUAAUGAUUUUUUAAAACCGAUUGAUACAUUUUCUCCGUGUAUGAAAUUUUAACAAUACGAGAUUUGCUCCAAAAUCGGUAUGGGGAGGGAUGUCUUCUGUUUGUUUUCUGUAAAAUUUAUCUGAAUUUAUAAGUGCAUCGAAAAUCAAUGGAAAAAUAUACCGCUUAAGCAGUCACUUUUUACUGAGCGUAGUUUUUGCAAACAGCCGAAGGGAAACGCAUUCAAAGACCGGUAUCAUUACGUGACUAAAAUACCCAAGUAUUAUGCUGCUCGAUAGUCAAUAUUUCAAUCCUGCCUAAGUAACUCUGUCCAAUCAAAAGCGCACUUCAGAAUUUCGGUUAACAUUUCCUGUGAUUGGUCACCAAGCAUAUAACACAGAGAACUCAUGUAGUACCGUUUUUAUUUGUCAAAAAAUAUGCUGUAGAAAAAUAAUCCCCACAAGCAGUACGCCAGCGAUAUUUUGGUGCUGCACCCUAGCAUCUUUGUUAAAGCCUGAGUGGUGACGUUUUGGUAGCCAAAGCGAUUACCUGCUAACACCUUAAAAUGGCAGUUUUUGCAUUUCAGUCUUUUGAAGAUCAAUGGCUUUCUGCCAUUUUCGGGGGAAAUAUGGCCUUACAAGCAUGUGUUGGACACCGAAAGAUGGGCUAUCUUUAUCGCAAGUGGCCGUGCCCCUAAUUCCGGAAGGGCCAAGGUUAGGGUCAUAUGGGUUAGGAUUAGGGUUAACUUCAUGGCUAGGGUUAGGAAAGUUAGGACUAAGGUUAGAACAUGAACAUGGACUUGUUCAACGGUGCGUAUAUGCGUAGAAACUCACUAUGAUUCGACUGCAGGCUGCUUAUGCUGUUUUUCCCUGAUAAAACGACCCCGGAGGGUAUUUUUCUUUAAAAAAAUAUCAUUUGCACUGUUCAGUCAGGCUAAGAAAUAAUGUCCGCGACAUUUAAACUACUCCCAAGUGGUCUUUGUAUUUCUGUCAUCACGUUUCUCUGGUUUGCCCGUCUACUGCAGUUAAGUGGGAUGAGAAACCUCCGUCGCACUUCCUGAGUGCAGAAUGACAUUGAAGUAAAACUUUCCGAGAGCCUGGCUUAUUACGCUACUUCCGAUUUCUCACAAAAUUAUUCAGAGCGGCUUUGCCACGCUGCAAGACUUUAUUGACCUUUCCUAUUGGAGGACGUCUUGUUCAGCACUUCCAUUGCUCUCUGCCGCAUGGUUGCCGGAGGCUUAAGGCUUGGCAAAAUCUCUGAUACACUGGAAAAUUGUCACAAAACUCCUCUAUCUUACAGCGCCUGGAAACCGUCUCCGGAGAUGACUUUGUGACCCUGCCUAUUCUCCCCUUCCUCCUUAAUGUUUAGAAACAUCCUGUCCAUACCCUGGGUCGAAUUGGGCGGACGCUGCACGAUAGACUGUCCCCGGACUGGUUUCUCCGCGACUGUGGACUUCCGCACAAAGCCCUUUUAUGGCGGCAAGAAGGACCAAAUACGUGCUGAGGUGUUUGCACCCGGUGAAAAGAGACCCAUGCUCACAGUCGAUGGCGAAUGGAACGGCAAAAUGUGGGCUCGAUGGGCCGAGGGGGUAUGUUGUUCCUUUGAUUCUGAAACUAUCUCUCUUCGUUGUGGCAGUCAGCCCACUGCCUAUCGCUAAAAGUCCGACUUCCGCACUCUUACGCAAGCAGUUUUUGUACAAUAUUCGCUUCACUCGUCAGGCCACAGUUCGUCCGUCAUGUUCUACGCUGGCCGCCACGACCCAGGGCGUUGACCCCGACUUUCGCUCGAACUGUGUUAUAGUGAGAUAGACUUACUCACCAUCCACUUCCCUUUGUCCUUCCACAUCCCUAACCGGACUAGGUCCGAACGAUUGAGGGGGGAUUUAGGCGCAAUAACCGGACAGGCACCAUCCCACUUUCGUUUGUCACACGUACUGGUGCCUUAUUCCACAUUAACGCAAUUUCACUGAAUCAUAUCUCACAUUAAAGUCAUUUCAACCUGGUUCCCGGUCCUGUCCUGCUAAUCUUCCAAGCCACCAUUUUGGGACGCUGUAAUGAAUCAUACUCCCGUUGCAUUUCUUAUCACAAGGAAAGGCCACAGACACCGCUGUUCGUCGCUGCAUCUUUUUUCCUUAUAAGACGGAACUUGUGUAGUCAAAUGGACUGGAGACCGAACUCAGUAGCUGAUGUCGCGCAGUUACCAACUCCUCGCAUGUCACACUCUUCUUUGACUCCCGUUUGGGUCUGACGCAACCUUUCAGUACAUAUUUACUCCUCACUUAGCCACGUAUGAAAGUAGCGAAAACCGUGUUUUGUCGCAAAACAACCGAUCGAAAGACAUGUUGAUAUGCAGAAUAUCCUCUCCAGUGAGUGGUUCAGACUUGAUUUGGAUAAAUGUUUUAUUAGCCCUGCCUACUCUGUGCCUGUGCACACUGAUUUGCUCUAGCAAAUGAUGACUCUGAUUAAGUGUAUAUGACCUUCUGGCAUCUCAUACGCCGCCUCGUUCGGUAAUCAGUAAGCCUUUGCUAAUGUGCAAAACUAUCUUAGUUUCCUUUCCGAUUCUUACCUUUUUCUACGUAUUUAGGCUGAUAGCUGUAGGUUACAGUGUGAAUGUGCAUUGAGUGAUGCGAAAACCCUUUUGAAGUGUUUCAAGUAUGCCGCGAGUUCGCUUUAGAGAAGUAAAACAUUCAAUAACUCAAGUCAGGUGACAAAUCAUGUUACCUCUUCCCCACAUAAUUGCAAUGUGACCUGAAAUCAGUUCACGGACCCCAGUGUGUUUCAACUUCUUUUUGCCACUGAUCUCAAAAAAUUGGCUAAUGCUUUGUCAAUUCAUGUUGGAAGACGAUUUCCAGGUGGUGGCUGUGACGAAGUAGACUCGCUCACUGGGACAAGAGCUUUUUUCGCUUGGUCUCCUGUCUUCCUCCUUCCCAUGUACUUGGUUCGGACCGGCCUUUGCUCUUUGAUAUCUCCAUUUACACCGUUUUGCUUUACUUAUUUGAAAUUAGUUUUUUCUCCUAUUUACUGUUAAAGACGAGACACUGAAAUAGGAACUAAUCUCCCAUUCUGGGGGACCUUACGCUAAUUCCCUGGGAGAUUAGGGUUAAUGGCGUUGGAGUUAAGAUUAUGGGUUGAAGUUUGGAUUAUGGUUUGUGUUUGGGCAGUGCCUGAGAGGCCCCUAUCCCCGUGUCCCUCCAUGAUUAGUAACCAGCUGACUGGCGGGUCAUUUUUUGGAAAUCACUAUAUGAAAAGAGCGAAUUGGGGUGGUUUAAAAGCUGAAUUAAAAUUUAGGGAUUUUUCGAGACCUGUGUAUGCAUUUUCGUGUUUACAUUGUACCCAUGGCUUUUCUCAUCCCGCAUGCAUAGCCCAUGAGUUUUCACAUACCCCCCGCCCUCACCUUCCUCGACUUUGUUAUCCUCCUCCUUUGUGUAUUCCAACUUUUCUCUGCACCAACCUUACGCAGUGACCAUUCUACGCUAAGCCCCUCACCCAAGCGUUCGGGUUUCAUCUGUAGCUACAGUCAGUGACCGACCUCACGAAAUGUCCAGAAUACUCGACUUCUGCUGGCGGAAUUCGGGACUAGAAUAUUGACACCCCACCUGUGUUGAGGGUGGCCUUGUCCUAAGCUCCAGGGGGGGAGUCGGAGUUCUACUUAUAGUUAGAGAGGUUAUGGUUAUGAGAGUUAGUGUUAGGGCUAUGUGGGUAAGGAUAAGUGCUAAGGCUAAAGUUGAGACACGAGAAUAUACUACCCUCUGGAAUUUAGCGCGAAGCCACCUGUAGUACUGGGGAUUCAAAUUCCUGUGUCCUACGCUACAAGUGAACAUCCGCUCUGUGGCACGCAGGGACUGGACAAAUCGGCCAUUAUGACCGAACACAUUGCCAGCUACCUUGACCUACCCUUCCCUCGGAAUUAUGGAAAAGGUAGAGAAAGCCAGCCAAAUGCAUCUUCUCUGUCUAUGAAGUUAACUGCAUCUCAUUUCGUAGCCGUACCUGCAGUAGGCAAGCCCCAGCCUGACCCCUAACCCUGACCUCUAACGCCCACUCUUAACCCCUAACAAGUACGGCUACGACGUGAGAUCAUGCCACUGCACCUCUGCUAUCACUCCUGUCCUCACGGUGCUCAGCUUCGUUUACCAUUUAACACGAGGAGACUGGCAAAACUUUUAGGUCAUAUUUCCUAGUCUUACUUGAACAUUUUGAUCGAAUGUCACUGUGUACAGUUUUGUAUUGAAUCUCGUAAAGAAAUGAAAACGCUUAAUCGACUUGUCCCGAUUGUGAAAAACUUAGCGGCCUUGCUGGGACUCGAACGCACAACAGCACUGGCAGGGCUUGAGUGCAGCCAACGCUCUAACUACCCGAGCUACGAGGCCCCACCGGGAGCUGUGAGUUUAAUCACAUUUGGGUCAAGUUACCCGCUCAGUCUACUGCAACGUAUGGACUCCACCGAAUCUGAUACAGUAAACUGACUGUCCAAGUAGGAUUUCCUACGUAAUCAAUCUAUUACAAUCGUGCUAAUACAGCUAGUACCUGUGCUGUUAGUAUGGAAUCCCCUUACCCUAAACUAUACUACUAGCUGCUUAUCGGCAGUUAAUGAAUAUUACGCGAUUACCCGCUGUGGCUGAUGGUCUUCGACCCAAAUAUUCGUACAUAAGAAUUUAGGUCUGAACCUAUAGACCUAGAGUAUACUGAUCUACUCCAGGUUCGCAGUUAAUUUCUGAGGAAAUUAAAAAGCAGCAAUCUAGAAUCUGCCAGAUGACUACCAGGCUUACGUAAUUAAUAGAUGUUUGGCAGAUUUUGAAUAAUUCGUUUGACCAAUUGUGACGAACUCGACAUCGUCGCUGGGAUUCGAACUUGACCUAGAUGUGAUUAAACUCGCGGAUCCCGCUUGGGCCUCGUAGCUCGGGUAGUUAGAGCGUUGGCCGAACUCAAGCCGUGCCGAUGGUCCAGAUUGAUUAGCCUGCAAUUUCAUGUCAGGUUUUAAUUGACGGUCUGUCAACCAACCUCAAACACCUCAAUCGCGAAAUAUAACUCCCUUGGUAUUGUGCAUAUUUCCUAUCGAGUUUUGAGACUUGUAUAAAUUUGAGGUAGGGGUCGGUUACGCUGUUCUCAUCCCACGUGUAAGCGCAAUGUGGGCCUUGCAUGUAAAGUAAGCCGAAGUACGAUGCUGAAAUCGUUAGCGGGAAAGUAGCCAAAGCCAGAAAUAAACAUCCGGCCCCAUUAUUUUUAUUGGCACUGUCCCUAAACUUUAGUCGCCUGCGAGGCUUAGACUGAACGUGCAAUCCACAACGAAAAACCUAUCUGUCCACGAAUCAGAGUACAUCGGCGCACACCCAAUCCCGUGCCCCUCUACAUAUCCUACAACGCUGGACAGGGCAUUAGUCCAUGGUCCAACUGGUAAAGCAUCCACGUCCGGCCUCAAGCAUCAGGCCUUUCCAGCCUGGGAUUAGAGUACUCCUGUCUUAUGACCAUAAGUAAACCAGGAAUGGUCAUCUCAGCCUUCCCUGCUUUUGUCAGCUAUGUUGCUCUGUCGACAAAGUGUCUGUCUUCUAAUUUCACGCAGUCGUUUGAGGAUGACUAGGCACAGCUUUAAAAUGGAAGUGUUUACGCAAGCGGCCUUUCCUUGGUGAUUUUUCUCAAGAAAUUUGGUUUUCCAAGGCAGGUGCUAACGGUGAGGUGUCUGGAUUCUGUAACUUUUCUGAUGUACCUUGCGCGUACUUCGCCUAAUUUAUUUAACGGUCACAGGAGUGUUUACUAUCACAUAGUCCGAGUUGCUGGGGCAAAGAUGAAGGAUAACUUGGUUGAACAGCAAAUUUCGCGAACCAGUCGUCGUGUACUCCUAGUAGUGACAUACAUGCACAUGCUUCUAGAAGCUGAAUUUUUUGCUCAUUUACGGCUUGCAAUUGUUUAUCAUGUCCAGUUGCUGCCUUAACGUUCUGGUCAAAUGUUAGGUUUAUGCGGACCCCUGUCCUGUUAAAACCCUACCUGCAGUAGUCUGCCUUAAGCCUAGUCAAAAGAGCUUUUAGUCACUUAAUUGAAAGAUAUACUGUCUUUUUUUAGAAAUCUGAACUGUUCAUCGACACGAAAGCCAUGCCAAUCAUGAUGAAACGCCUCCGCCCUCGAGAGAUUCAGGCUGUAAACGAAUCACGAAAGUACGUUACGCUAUCUUUUUUGAGUGGUACCCGAUCUGACCAUGAUUUUACUGACAGCGAUGAUGAUUCUCACGACGACGACGACGUCAUUGACAGUGACGAUGGGUGCUUUGCUAGUAGAUGGGCCGUUGGUUUGAUGUUACUGAUGGCCUGUGCGACUGAUUGGGCCGAACUGGAGGUUAAUGGGUCGGCUCAUGUUUCACAUAUGCUACACCGAACGCCCUAUCUAGUAGACCCCACACUGCUGUCUCAAACCCACAGAUGUAGGCAAGCCGGCCAUUUCGUUGUUGCGCAAACUUUUACGGAUUUCGAUCGCUUACCUUCGUAAACUAGCGUGUUGUAAGAAAUGUUCCUCGACGUGACGUCCAAGGGGAUGGGAGUAAAUGCCAAACGCCGAUCCAGACACUAAUAUAGACAGACCAGAACUCGUAUCCAGGGAAAACGACAGUUUGACCAUCGUGGCCGACGAUAUCCUCCGUGUGCUUCAUAACGGGGUGAGAGCCGGGACGGUGACAUGCGCGUGAUUUCAUUUAUAGUGGCGGUGGACUUGUGCUGCAUCUGCCACCCUCCUCUCACCCACGUAGACUCGGUGUCAAGACCCAGUCAAGAAGACCGGAGGUGGGAGAUGCCGGUGGUGCCUGGCGUGGUGCAAAUCGGCACCUAGUCGUACCACCACAUCCCUUGGUUCUCAACAAACAUUUGACUAGGGUUUUCAACAACCAUAACGGCAAGAACUGGGGCGGCACCGGUCCCAGUUGGCGCUGCGUGAGCCUUCAAUUGGUCCUGCUACCACGCCCUAAUAUUGUCUUUUGUUAUGGUCCGCCUUCUCGACAACGCCUGCCAGACUCCGAUCUAGCCCCACUUUGGUCCGGCGCAUCUUCCGAGUGCCCCCGUUUUAGAAGCACGAACAAGCGAAAACACGGCAGUCAUCACUCACUGCCCAUAUGGAUGAACAUAAGAGCAGUCGCGCGUUGCAAACGAGAUUAAAACGGUACGAGUGCCGGCUCCUAACGAAUCACCACGACCAGAGGGGCGAAAGGAGGCAUCACGGCGACGUCCGCUCCAGCUGCAGACUUCAGAGAUGAGUUUUUAGCUAACAAUAAGGUAGCGCGAUUGUCAAGCCCAUUGCUCAUCUGGGGUGCUUUAAAACGCCUUUGCCUAUGAAAUCCUGUCUCUCCUUAAGGCGUCAGACCAAUGCUUUCAUGGCACCUUGGUCGUUUUUCGUCCUAAGCCACAUAAUUUGUUGGGUGUCUGUUCCGACUCAGAGUGCUUGGUCAUAGCAGUACGCGCAUAUGGCACAUUAAAUGGAGGCUCCCACUGCUUCAGGCCUUGCAUCUAAUCUCAUUGCGAGUUAGCCGACAGACCAGGAAAAGCCAUUGGCACAUGAGAGAGGACAUCUCAAUUUGAUUUAAAGCUUAGUUUUAUUACUGUUAGCAAUCAAGUGCCUGUUCUGUAUAUCACGUUGCCAAGAAAUCAUGUCCUGAAAGGUUGACAACGGAGAUUAUAUCUCGGUCCCUCUCAGACUGCUGUAGCCAUUUUUUAAAUUUUGCCUCCUCGUGAUCUCGAAUGUCAAGUCAACAGAAUUGCCAACCUCGUCCAUACUGGUACAGGCUUGGCUCUCCUCAGGUUACUGCAUUCUCAUAACGAAGGAGCGAUAUCCUUGGGCGUAGUCGACAUCUGUGAGCCUGGAGUCUAGUGGUAUUUCGACUCUCCUUCAAAAGCACCUUCUCUGUUAUCCAGGCAGUUAGGUAACCAGGAAGGAUGAAAGAUAGAACUGAGACCGUCAUAAUCUUGAAACGAUCUCGAGGGUCUGUGGCAGAUUGUUGUUUACUGGGCCGCUUGCCUCGUUUACGGCUCACGCUAACUAUAACUCGUCUAUUUCCAGGCUCUGGGAGGAGGUGACCCACAAUUUGAAGGUGGGCAAUAUUGAUGCCGCUACAGACGCCAAAACGCGUCUGGAACAACGCCAACGCCGGGAGGCAGCUGCCCGCCAGGAGGCCAAUGAGAAGUGGGACCCACAUUUCUUCUCAGAACAGGGCAAUUCCUACAUCUAUCGUUGGCCCUUGGCAAGCCGAAUCUACCAGGCGCCAUCAAAUAACAUUACUCAAUCCAACAACCUCGCCGAUCCACUCGCUAGCCCUUCGGCACUUAAUGCCCUCCACUUUGAUAAUGAACCACCCACCCCUACACCGCCGACUUCUUCCAGUGCUUUCGACGAUCUACAAAUUAGCGGUCCUACUGCGAGGAGCGAAGACGGUGGCUUGGAGAUUGGGCAGGCCGUCCUUGAGUUGUCUACCACUGACAACACGGAAUCCGAAGUGGACUAA